AUGACGGCAGCAUACCGAGGAUCCUUUGUCUCGAAGCGGAGAGGUGCGCCUUUGCGAAAAAGAAGGGGCACACACCUCUAAAGCAAUUGCUGCAUUUAAAUACCAGAGGCAGCGGCAGCAGCAAGAAGAGGCCUCCGCGCAAUGCCUAGAGGACGCAGACGCAGCAGCAGAGCUCUAUGCAUUGUUCCCCGAAGGGUGCAGCCGCCUUUUGUUGCGCAGAGGAGCCGCGCUUGCACGGAGCGCACGGCCCCGCGCACCGCCACCAGUUGCAUAACGACGGCCUUGGCGCCGAGGGCGCGCGCACACACAUAAAACCAUCCAUGCACCUACCUGCCCCGCGGCACAGCGCGCCUUCUUCGCCCUUACCGGGAGGGGAGAUGCACUCGGCGACGGACCCUCCUCGGCAGCUCCGGCUCGCUUGCAAACGCCGCCCGACCCUUCUGGCCACCGCCGUGGAACGUUGCCCUGGGAGCAGGCGGAGCAGCUGAUUGGCCGGGGCGUCUCGGCCCCGCCCCCGCCGCUGCUCCGGCCGAGGUGUGCGCGCGCGUGGGCGCGAGCGGUGUGGGGAGCGGCUCGGAGCGCGCCUCGUUCCCGGAGGCGGAGAGAAGGGGGGAGUUUCUUCGGCCGGCUUGCGUGGCCGCCCCGGAACAGGUAGCGGAGGGCCGGCCUGACGAGCUGCUUUUUUGGGGUGCAGGGAGGGCGGGGGCUUUUUGUUUGUUUGUUUUCCCUCGCCUUCCUCUGGCCUCGCGGCGCUGCAUAGGAGACAGUUCCCUUCGCCCCAACGCCCCCAUAUAAAAUAUUGCAAUAUCGGAGGCGUUGCAAUUCAGUCCGCGUGCAUGCACCGCGUCAUGCGAUCGGUUAUGUGGGGUGGGACUUACCUGCCCCCCCCCCAAUAUUUUAUUCCAGUUGGCACCCCUGCUCCGAGGACCUUCCUGCGCUUUGCUCUAGGCCUGGAUUGUGGCACCGGAUGCAAGCGAAGGAAGAAGUUGCGCCUUGGCGGAGAGAUUAUUUGGAGGGUGGGUUUCUGGGGCUAAGAAACUUCAGGUUCUGUUACUUUUGCCACAUACACCCCCAGUCCAGUGGCAUCUAAAAACUGACCAGCAUGCAAAUACAGUAUUGCACAUGGAAUCACAGAAUUGUAAAGUUGGGAGGGAUCCGGGAGGGAUCCACCAGGGUCAUCUAGACCAACCCUGCAACGCACCUAUCCUGCCCACAGUUGUCGCUUGAGCCAUCCAUUUUCUGGUUGUAGGAGUCAACUCCUAGGAGCCGAGGUCCUCUUCAGCACACACACCCCUAACAUGGAUGUAGCCAGGAGGGGCAAGUCCGUAAAUAAAAAUGCUUAACUAAUAAUAAAUAAAUAAAAAUACUUAACCAUUGGAGAUAACUCGGUUCCGCCCAUCCCGCAACAUAAUCCUGAAUAUGCCCAUGCCCCCCCCAAUAAAAUAUUUGAGGGGGCCACCCCAUUCCAAUUUGAUGGGCAUUGCCAUUCAAAUGGUAUGCAUGCACCGUGUCUUGUGGUCAAUUAUGCAGGGCAGGGUUUACCUGAGGGCCCCCCCCCCAUAUUUUAUUCAAGUUGGCACCUUGGCUUCUGGUUAACAGACAGGCGCACUGACUCACUGCGCCGCGACGACCACCUUCACCUUUUUAAUUUCUCUGUUGAAGGGCGGGAGGUAGAAUGCCCUUUCCACAUUUUUUUUAAAAUGUGCUUCUAGGUAAAAGAGAGCAAAAAAGGGAAAAUUUAUUGUGUAGUGAACACCAUCCACAUCCAGAGCGCUGUGGGAUGCUGACCUUUAAAGCCCUAAAUGGCCUUGGUCCAGUAUACCUGAAGGAGCGUCUCCACCUCCAUCAUUCAGCCCAGACACUGAGGUCCAGCGCUGAGGGCCUUCUGGUGGUUCCCUCGCUACGGGAAGCCAAGUUACAGGGAACAAGGGAGAGGGCCUUCUCGGUAGUGGCACCCGCCCUGCGGAACACCCUCCCACCAGAUGUCAAAGAGAAAAUCAACUGCCAGACUUUUAGAAGACAUCUGAAGGCAGCCCUCUUUAGGGAAGCUUUUAAUGUUUGAUGAACUAUUGUAUUUUAAUAUUUUGUUGGAAGCCGCCCAGAGUGGCUGGGGAGGCCCAGCCAGAUGGGUGGGAUAUAAAUAAUAAAUUAUUAUUAUUAUUAUGGGAUGUUUUGGCUUCUUUCCUUCCCAGAGUAAUAGCCCAGUCACAAAGCAUGCGCAAGUAGGAAGAAAGGGGUGCCCAUCGCAUGGUGUGGGUCUUGCUGUCAACAGGAUUUCUUGGGAGUGUUAAAUUGUGCUCAGGUUGGGACUUCCCGUAGGCACCUGGUUGACGACUGUGAGAACAGAAUGCUGGACUAGAUGGGCUGUUUGCCUGAUCCAGUGGGCUCUUCUUGUGUUCUUAUGCAUAUCAUCUGCAGAUCGUAGAGUAGGAGGGGACCACAAGGGUCAUCUAGUUCAACCCCCUGCAAUGCAGGAAUCUUGCCCAACGUGGGGCUGGAACCCACAGCCCUAAGAUUAAGAGGCUCGUUCUCUACCGUAGAGGUUUUCAACCUUUUGGAGCCCACAGCUCUCUUGACCAACUACUUUCUUUCCAGCGUUAGAAACUGAGAUAUGAAAGCUAGAAGCUAAAUGGCGCCUUAUACCUAGGUUAUGUGCGCAACAACGGAAUGUCUAGGCGUGGCUUUUUUUUUAAUAACAAGAAUGCAAAGCUGAAAAUGAAUGAACUGCAGCUAAAAUCUUAGGUUCAUUUUUCACAUGGUCUAAGUCCUCAUCUGGAGACUGAAAAACAAAACAAAACCAUGCUUCCCCUGCCUGCCCCCCCUAAUAUUCUUAAGAGGGUCUCUUCUACUGUAUUUUUCGCUCUAUAAGACGCACCAGACCAUAAGACGCACCUAGCUUUUGGAGGAGGAAAACAAGAAAAAAAUAUUCUGAAUCCCAGAAGCCAGAACAGCAAGAGGGAUCGCUGCGCAGCGAAAGCAGCGAUCCCUCUUGCUGUUCUGGCUUCUGGGAUAGCUGCGCAGCCUGCAUUCGCUCCAUAAGACGCACACAUUUCCCCUUACUUUUUAAGAGGGAAAAAGUGCACCUUAUAGAGCGAAAAAUAAGGUAUAUUCUUCAGAGAGUGGCUGGAAGUGGGGAGGCAGAAAAAGGUCCUCUUUUCCUUCCACUCUACGAUUUUAAUCUGAAACCUUAGGCGCAGUACUGCGCCCAGAGCUCAGAAACUGCUCGCGCUAAUAAAAUUCCCUGUCGCAAAACGCACCUAGAACAAUGGGAGUUUCGAAUGGCGAUUCUUUCUGUGGCUCCCCUUUGAAAAAAGGUGCUCCAAAUCUCAGGAGCUCAGUUACGUCACCCCACGCCUGCCAAGCCGUCAUCUCUUCACCCCUUUUUUUGGACACCCUCCCUUGUGGAGGGUUCCCUCAGCCCUGUCUCCUCUCCCCUUGGGAACCCUCGCCUGCUUACUCCAAGGCCACCUUAACUCCUGGCCACCGGCACCCCCUGGCCAGCCGCAGAAGCACAAUUUGCCAACAAACUGCUGUGUGUGCCUCUGGAGGCAGAGACAUGAGAGGGCAGAGGAGGAAGGGAAGGAAGGAGGGAGGGAUAGAGGCUGGUGCUGCUUGUGGCACACUUGUCCAGGGUUCAAGGCACCGCAGGGUGCCACGGCGCACUGGUUGGAAACCACUGCUCUGCCAACUAAGCUAAUUGGGUAAAGAAAGCCAGAAAAGCAGCCUCUGGGGAGGGAGGCAAAGGUUAGCCAGUACAGUGGUACCUCAGGUUAAGUACUUAAUUCGUUCCGGAGGUCCGUACUUAACCUGAAACUGUUCUUAACCUGAAGCACCACUUUAGCUAAUGGGGCUUCCCGCUGCCACCGCGCCGCCAGAGCACGAUUUCUGUUCUCAUUCUGAGGCAAAGUUCUUAACCUGAAGCACUAUUUCUGGGUUAGCGGAGUCUGUAACCUGAAGCGUAGGUAACCUGAGGUACCACUGUACUGUUCCAGGCCAGUACCAGGAGCGUGGGCAACGCCUUUGAAUCAGUGUGGUUGCAUUCAGUCAUUGGCUGGUCCAGUUUUUGCAUGUAACAAACACACAGUGAGGGCAUGGCGUAUAAUAAAGUGCAUGGAAGCGAUGGAGUAGUCGCUGUCCUCUUCAUAGAGCCAGGUUUAGGGACCUGCUAUACAAAGGGUGUGUGGGACGCGGGUGGCGCUGUGGGUUAAACCACAGAACCUAGGACUUGCCGAACGAAAGGUCGGCGGUUCAAAUCCCCGCGACAGGGUGAGCUCCCAUUGCUCAGUCCCUUCUCCUGCCAACCUAGCAGUUCGAUAGCACAUCAAAGUGCAAGUAGAUAAAUAGGCACCGCUCCGGUGGGAAGGUAAACGGCGUUUCCGUGCGCUGCUCUGGUUCGCCAGAAGUGGCUUAGUCAUGCUGGCCACAUGACCCGGAAGCUGUACGCCGGGUCCCUCGGCCAAUAAAGCGAGAUUAGCGCCGCAACCCCAGAGUCGGUCACGACUGGACCUAAUGGUCAGGGGUCCCUUUACCUUUACCUAUACAAGGGUGUGCUGUAAGGUACCCCACAGGACAUUGGGCACACAUCACCCAGUCAGACACAAGGGCCACACAUUGUAAGAGCACCGCUGGAUCAGGCCAGAGGCCCAUCGAGUCCAGUAGCCAACCAGAUUCCAAUGCAAGCAGGAGCUGAGAGCAACAGUGCCUUGCUCUCCCCACUGAUGGUUCCCAGGAGAUGUUCUUCAGAAAUGUGUUGCUUCUAAUACUGUCCUUCCAUAGUGUCCAAAUAAUGGCUCCCAGCAGACAGCCCCCUCCAACUUUGCCCAACAUUGGACCACUUCUGUAUAGCAGGAAGGCUUGAUAGCCUCACUGUGAAAAGAAAUGGAACAUGUUUCUUUUUUAGCAACCCAACCAAGAUCACACUACUCAUACAAAACGAGAAUAUAGUGUGUAUUCUUUCAGGGACAUUCCUUCUAUGUUCAGUCUAAAUCACUCACCUCAACGGAUGAGCUUUGUUAGCUACUUUGGAUUGACUGCCUUGGACGUCAGUGGGAUGUUUUGUGGGGGGUUCUGUGUUUGAAUAUACCGAAAUCAGUGUUUUGUAGAUCACCGUCUAUAAAUAAUAAAUUUAUAUUGUGAUUCUGCUCUUGAAAAUAUAUCUACACAUUAAAAAACACCCGUACAUAAUCUCAGUGUCUCCAGUUACAACUGAACACAGUUGUCUCUGGGGUCUCACACAUUCAUGUUAACCCAUGGUUGGCUUAGCAUGUCAUGCAAUCUGGGUCACAGUCACAUUCUUACAAUGCUGAGCUAUGUCUGAACUAGUCUAUCGAUGACAAAAGAGACGUCUUUUUUUUUUUUUUUUUUGCAAUGCAAUAUUGAAAAUAUUCAGCAGUGGGUCUUUGGGUUGUUAACCUUUCCCUCCCCAUCGGCCCACUUCCAUCAAAACCUGAAAUUGGUCCCUGAAGAUACACCAAGCAUUACAAGAACACAGCUGUCUAUAUUUGAAAGGGAUGGCCUACAUUUUUUCCACUAACAAAUUGAUAUUUACUGAAGUAGGCUCUGAUUAUACAUGCAGUAUGCAACAGGUACUGAGUUCAGUUGAACGACACCUGCAAUUUAACAUCGUUUCAUGCUUCUGUCUUAUUUUAUAUUUUACUCCAGUCACUUCUGUGUUGGAAAUGAGCAAUAUUUUUUUUUUAAAAAACUACGUUCAUAAAAUUGUGCUAUUUAUAUUUCCCCACUCAGAUUUGAUCCUGAAAGCCUGGAAAUGAAGCAAUUGGCAGCAGAAACUAUCCGGCUGGUUUCGAGUUCGCAGGUGAUAACGUCUGUUGUCAGUGUGGUUAAAGAACUAUUAGAGAAUUCUUUGGAUGCUAACGCAACAAAUGUUGAUGUUAAAUUGGUAAGUCAUAUUAAGCUAAAACUGGAAAACGGAUGGGAAUACAAUAAUACUCAUUUUUUAUUGCAUGAAGGUUUGAAUAGUGCAUUCUUUUAUAUAGUUGUGCUUUAAAAUUUCACAAACACAUUUCUGUCAACAUCUGAUAAUCUUUGGCGGUUUAUAUGGAUGUAUAGCUUGAAUUCACGCAGGCACCAUAUAAAUCAUUCUGAAGUUCCUUAAACCUGCCAAGCGUAAGGAAAUUGAACUUUGCUGAAAUGCAGAUUCCUUUGUUUGUGUCUAUGAUCUGGAGAUGUUGGGUUUUGGCUGGUAAGUUCUUGAUUGAAAAUGUGUGUGUAUAAUUUUGGAGCUCCCUAUUGAACUCAAGAUUUCAUUUUGAAGGGAAAUCAUAUUUUUGCAUAUGACUAUUCAUGUGGGAUAAUUAUUAACAUUUAGUACAUACCCAAAAAUAAUAAUUGUUCCACUGAGUGCGUUAGAAUAUGAUUUGCAAUUAUUAUUUUUUAAUCCAAAGUUCCAGAUAAUAUCAAAUCAUUGAAACAAGUUUGUGGACUGGUUCUAUGACUUCUGUGGGGUUAAUCAUUUGUUUGUUUGAGGAUCACAAUUUACAUUUUACAGACUUUGCUCACUUGAACGCUGUUUACUUGAAGAAAGCUUUUGGUAGCCUAUUUAAAAACGGAGGGAGUGAAUGGUUUUAGGAAGGGGUUGACAAUAAAUGUUUUCUGAAACAUAGAGGUCUCUGCUUUGCCUAAAACAUAUUUUAUUUUCAUUUAAAAAAAAAAAAUCCUUGCAGCAGCAGCAACAGAAUUCCUCUUAAAAUACUGCACCCAGUAAGAUCAAAUGCUCUAUUUUCUGAAGGACAUAUGAGGAGUCUCUAUGCAGAGGCGGUAGAUUUGUUGAAUAUUCAACUAUAAUAAUAAUAAUAAUAAUAAUAAUAAUAAUAAUAAUAAUAAUUUUUAUUUAUAUCCCGCCCUCCCCAGCCGAAGCCGGGCUCAGGACAGCUAACAACAAUCAAAUAAUCCAACAAUCAAAUAAUCCAACAUUCUAAAUACAUUUCAUUAUAAAAAUUAAUUAAAAUCAAAUUAAUGGCAACCGUUAAGCAAAAUUCUGUGCAGGUUGCCAGAGGAGGGAGUCAGGCUGGGCCCUGACCAAAGGCCUGGUGGAACUAAUAAUAAUAAUAAAGCAUAGAUUUAUCUCUUAUUGCUUCUUUUGUCUUCCAAAACACUAUUUUCAGGUUGUUUGCACUCCUCAAAUACUGGAAAGGGGGGUCAUAUAGAACAAGGCAACGAGUUGCUGUCUGCUACGCCAUAGGUCUGGACUAGAUCCAAUGGGCUUACAUUACAGGACGGUGGAUUUUAGUUGCAAGCUGGGAGGAACAUCUUGAUGGCAAUUUGGAAAUGAACCAGUUGUGUGGGUGGGGUGAUGGGCUCUUCAUUGCUGAAGGUCUUUAAGAAGAUCUUGGAUAGCUGUGUGUUGAAAUUAUGGCCCUUGAACCGAACAGGGUUUAGGAUCCAUGUCCCCAGAAAAGGGUAGCGUAGAGUCCAGGCGCAAAUCUACAAGGCACAUUGCGGUAACCGUGUGCCACCAGAUUCUUCAUAUCUGUGUGUGUUUCAUAAGUAGGCAGUAGGCUUUCAUGUGGGAUUGAUUAGUAAGGGAAUACCAGUGUCAACAAAUAUAACAUGGAAAACAGCCCUGAGGAAUUACAGAUUUUGGACCCUAAGGUAUAUACACGUGAACCUCUACGAAAAGCAGGUUUUCCAAGAUUUCUCUUGUAUGUUGCUGCUCCUUUUGACAAUGUGGAUAAUCUGGUUUAACUUGCCUUCAGGACUAGCAAUCGAAACCAAAGGGGAUUGUUUGAGAACGCAGAAGUCUUUCCAGAUACAGUGCCGGCUGAUAAUUUUCUGAACUUUGCUUGCAGUCUUUUGCUUUGUUGAAACAUUUAAUAGAUCGCACUUCUGCAAAAAACAAAACAAAAAAACCAAACCCCUGAAGUGGGAUGCAAAGCAUUCUAAGAAGCACUAAUAGUUUGUGUAUGAUUAUUGGGCCCAUGGGCCUAUUUGCAAACUGAAAAAGCCGUUGUGUCUGCUGCCUACAUGUUGCAGCCAUGUACACACAAACACACUACAAUAUGCGCACUCACCUAAGCCAUAAGGCUUGGAAAAACUGUUUUUGCUCUCCCCCCCCCCCCCCAGUUUAAUGAGAGGAAGCGGUUGAUCUUCCUGAAGAGUACGGGUGAUGAGGCAGCUGAACUAUGAGCACACACACACUGCAACAGUUAGACUUUGGGGGGGGGACGGGACCUUCUACUGGAACCAAUACAGUCUUACCUUGGUUGAUGAACGCCUUGCGACUCUAACGUUUUGGCUCCCGAAUGCCGCAAACCCGGAAGUGAGUUCUCUGGUUUGUGAAUGUUCUUUGAAACUCGAACGUCCUCCGCGACUUCCGAUUGGCUGCAGGAAGCCGCGCCUUGGUUUGCAAGCAUUUUGGAAGUCCAACGGACUUCCAGAACGGAUUCCGUUCGACUUCCGAGGUACAACGGUAUAGGACUUUUUCCAAGCCUAAUUGUAGCAGGAGAGUGCUGAUUUUUUUGGGGGGGUCACAUCUGGGGAGGAAAGGGUUAAUUGUGAUCCUCCUCCCCCCCCCCCCCCGCAAAUUGUCCCUCUGCAGUUGUAUUUGGGUUUGGAAAACUCUGUUAUUUUGGUUCCAAUAGAAGGGUGUUUUUUUUUUUAAAAAAAAUAUCCUUAUGGAUAUGGGACACAGGUGGCGCUGUGGGUUAAACCACAGAGCCUAGGACUUGCUGAUUAGAAGGUCGGCGGUUCAAAUCCCCGUGACAGGGUGAGCUCCCAUUGCUCGGUCCCUGCUCCUGCCAACCUAGAGGUUCGAAAGUACGUCAAAGUGCAAGUAGAUAAAUAGGUACCGCUCUGGCAGGAAGGUAAACGGCAUUUCCGUGCGCUGCUCUGGUUCGCCAGAAGCGGCUUAGUCAUGCUGGCCACAUGACCUGGAAGCUGUACGCUGGCUCCCUCAGCCAAUAAAGCGAGAUGAGCGCCGCAACCCCAGAGUCGGUCACGACUGGACCUAAUGGUCAGGGGUCCCUUUACCUUUAUCCUUAUGGAUAUGGGCUAACAUUUCAUCAGAAUUAAUUUCCGUAAAAUUUGUGGCACACCAUAAAUUGUGUGCAUGAUUACAGGCCCUGUAGCCUAUAAAAAUACAUAUAUUUUUGGAGCUCUAUGACAAUUAUGGAUAUGAUAUGUAUUGAGAAGAGUUAAACAGUGUCUGGUUACACACCUGAUGUGUUUGUGUGUGUUCUUUUAACUAGGAAAACUAUGGUUUUGAUAAGAUUGAAAUCCGAGAUAACGGUGAUGGGAUCAAGGCAGCGGAUGUUCCUGUUGCGGCUGUGAAACACUACACUUCAAAAAUAAGCUCAUCUGAGGACCUUGAAAACUUGGCAACAUACGGUUUCCGUGGUGAAGCUUUGGGUUCAAUUUGUAGCAUGUCUGAGGUAAAAGCCUAACAUAGUUUCAGGUGCUUAUUUGUUUGUAAAUUAUUCUGGAUUGGCCUGAGUGCAGGUAUCUCAGGCUCUGUUAGGUUCAACUAUUCCAUAGUACCUUAUCACAUUUCUACUUUCCACUCCGGGUACCAUGUGUUGCCUUCAAACCUAAACUUCUGGAUUCAGUGUAGUAAUUUAGAAGAUGCUAACAAGGUCACAUCCAUAUACAUACAACAUCCGUCAACGGAACUUAACCUCCUUGCGCAAAACAAGACGACAGACUUGCUCUUAAGAUUCUCUUUGUCUUAAACGACCUCGGCCCAGUGUACCUGAAGGAGCGUCUCCACCCCCAUCAUUCAUCCUGGACACUGAGGUCCAGCUCCGAGGGCCUUCUGGUGGUUCCCUCCACUGCAAUAAGUGAGGUUACAGGGAACCAGGCAGAGGGCCUUCUCAGUAAUGGCGCCCGCCCUGUGGAACGCCCUCCCACCAGAUGUCAAGGAAAUAAACAACUAUCUGACUUUUAGAAGACAUCUGAAGGCAACCCUGUUUAGGGAAGUUUUUAAUGUUUGAUGUUUUAUCAUGUUUUUAAUAUUCUUUUGGGAGCUGCCCAGAGUGGCUGGGGAGGCCCAGCCAGAUGGAUCGGGUAUAAGUAAUUAUUAUUAUUAUUAUUAUUAUUGAUAAAGUAGCACAGAUUAGUACAUGGUGUGUGCAUAAAGGAUGCUAAUUAAGGAGAGGAGGCGGCGGCAAGGAAAUGAGUAUGGUGUUUUGUGUGGAAGGGAGAGCGAGGAGGACAGAAAAGGGGCAAAGAGGAUAAUGUGUGCAUGUAAAUGUGCGCUGCACAAAAGCAGAGAGAAUAUGACUGGGACUGGGGUGAUAUAUCAGUGUAUUGUCCAAAACUGGUUUGAAGUCCAUAUUGUGAUGCCAGUUUUGUAAUUUUUGACCUGGCAAUAUAUCGUGAAUCGUGAUUUUUGCAUAACACACACACACACAAUGUGAGAAAAGGCUUCUCUUGAUUCCCCCAUUAACUCGUAUCGGCUCAGCUCUUCCCUCCUGCCUCACGCAAGAGGCAGCGAAUCACAAGAGCAGGCGCCAGCAAAAAUCACGAUGUGGGAAAAACCACAAGCCCAGCCAAUGUUCUGUCCUUACCUCAGACAUGGUGAUAUAUCGGUAUAUUGCGACGUUUGGUUGGCGACAUAUUGCGAGGUUGAAAACCAGGUCUCGCCCAGCCGUAGGUAAGACACAGAAAUAGGGGGUGAUCAACGUGUAAGGGAGAGUUGAGGAAAACUGAGGAGGAGGGUAGUGGAAAAAGGAGUAAAGGUGAAAAUGGAGAGGGGUGGAGAGGGAGUAGGAGGCAUGGGAUUGGGUUCGAAGAUAAAAGGGUCUGCAGAAGAGGAGGUAGGGGGCGACCUCACAGCUACGUAGAAGGUGAGAAGGGUGUGUAGCAGCUGCAAUGUGUGGGGGGAGAAGGAAGUGGAGGAUACAGGAAGCUACCCAUAAAAGUGGUUUGGGUGCAAGGAGGGUUGCACAGAAAGAGCACAUGGGUAUUGGCGUGAAGGUGAAAACAGGUGCACAGUGGGGCUGCAAAAUGGAAGAGAGAAAUCGCUUUGGGAGUGGCAGGGGACAAGUGAGCUGAGUUGUCGUAUGGGGUAGCCAAGGGGAAGCUCCAGGCGAUUAAUAUGUGGGAAGAUGGCAGCAGCGGUUGGCGAGCAGGAGAGCAGCCUCUACCAAAUGAUUUUGGAAGCUUCCGUUUGACGCCAGCACCUUCCGCUUCUAGGUCCUGAUUACAACCAAGACCGCUUCUGACGAUUUCAGCACCCAGUACCUGUUGGAUAGAAGCGGUCACGUGACUUCUCAAAAGCCGUCUCACCUCGGACAAGGUAGGGCUGUUAACAGGAUUUAUGGGGAGGAAUUCAGUAUCGCUCUCUUUGGACCAUUCCAUCUGCAGGAGCGUUUCGGCUGGCCAGAGAAAACAGUGCCUUUGCUCUCCUCCCAUCACGGGCUGGGCGGGGGUUUUGGGGGGAGAAGAUUGGGGGGGGGGAACUAUGUUGCCCUAGUGGGAACCCUUGGGCUGGCUUCCACUUGCACUGGGUUAAUUGAACCCAGGCCAUUUUCAAUACCGUAUUGGCUUUGAAUAUAAGCCGUACUUUUUACCCCCAAAUUCCAACUGUGAAAAGUGUGGCUUAAAUUCGCGACCUUACCAAAAUUGGCUUUUACAUCGCUGCUGAAACAUACAUACGGUAAAACGGAACAAAAUAAUGUUUUGUUGCCGAUUUGCGAGCUUGAUGCUGUUGUGCAGUUCAUUCUAAUGUCAUUCAUCGCUUUCAAUUGCGGGUCCUCUAUAGGACCCAUAGGAUUUUCUUCUACAUAUGCCAUUUACGGGUGUGAGUGCCUGAUAUAAGGAGCGGCUUAUAUCCGGGUACAGUGGUGCCUCGCAAGACGAAAUUAAUCCGUUCCGCGAGUGUCUUCGUCUAGCGGUUUUUUCGUCUUGCGAAGCAACCCUAUUAGCGGCUUAACGGAUUAGCGCUAUUAGCGGUUUAGCGGCUAUUAAAGGCUUAGCGGAUUAGCUGCUAAAAGGCUAUUAAAGGCUUAGCGGUUUAGAUAAAGGGGGGGGAAAGCGAAAAAAAAAUCUCAAGGCUCGCAAGACAUUUCUGUCUUGCGAAGCAAGCCCAUAGGGAAAUUCGUCCUGCGAAGCAACUCAAAAACGGAAAACCCUUUCGUCUAGCGGGUUUUCCGUCUUGCGAGGCAUUCAUCUUGCGGGGCACCACUGUAUUGACUUUUUUUCUCCCUCACCACUUGAAUUUUAAAGGUGCGGGCUUAUUUACGGGUGUGGCUUAUAUUCGGACCAAUACGGUAUUUGAAGGGUUCUCUCCCCAUAUAAUAAUGGUAAUAAUAGUAGUAUCAGUAGUAGUAGUAACAACAACAUUUGUAUGCCGCCCAUCUGCAACAACAACAACAACAUUUGUAUGCCGCCCAUCUGACUGAACCUAUCCGAACUCUGACAUCAUCUUCUGAGACCCUUCUUCACGUGAGGUCUGGAGGGUGGCAACACAAGAACGGGCCUUUUCUGCAGUGGCUCCCCUUCUGUGAAAUGCUCUCUCCAGGGAAGUCCGCCUGGCACUUUCAUUAUACACUGUUAGGCACCAGGCAGAAACGUUCCUCUUUCACCAGGCCUUUGGCUGAUUGACAUCCAAUGCCCUUUUAAAAUGUGAUGGGGAGGAGGGGAUAUUAGGUUCUUCUUUUUUUAUUAUUUUCAUUAUGUCUUUUGUGUUUUUAUACAGUGGUACCUCGGGUUAAGAACUUAAUUUGUUCUGGAGGACCGUUCUUAACCUGAAACUGUUCUUAACCCGAGGUACCACUUUAGAAGAGGAGAAGAAGAAGAGUUUGGAUUUGAUAUCCUGCUUUAUCACUACCCUAAGGAGUCUCAAAGCGGCUAACAUUCUCCUUUCCCUUUCUCCCCCACAACAAACACUCUGUGAGGUGAGUGAGGCUGAGAGACUUCAGAGAAGUGUGACUGGCCCAAGGUCACCCAGCAGCUGCAUGUGGAGGAGUGGGGAAUUGAACCCGGUUCACCAGAUUAUGAGUCCACCGCUCUUGACCACUACACCACACUGGCUCUCCUAGCUAUAGGGGCCUCCCACUGCCACCGUGCCACCAGAGCAUGAUUUCUAUUCUCAUCCUGAAGCAAAGUUCUUAACCUGAGGUACUAUUUCUGGGUUAGUGGAGUCUGUAACCUGAAGCGUCUGUAACCUGAGGUACCACUGCAUUGCGAUUCUAUCUUGUGAACUACCCUGAGACCUGCAGGUCUAAGGCAGUUUGCAAAUUUUAAUAAUCAUAAUCAUAAUCAUAAAGAUGUCUCCAAUCUGGCAUGGCUGUCAUGCUGGUGGAGCUGUGCCAGUUUAGCUGCCAUAAGUUUGUGCUUGUAUAUCUCAUGUAGUGGUAGCAUUGUAUCUUAUGAUUUCAUUGGCAGAGAGGGCACUGGCGUGAGGGCCUUCUGCCAUAUCCCAUAGCCCCUCAGUCGGUGCAGCUUAAGCACAGGAGUGAAACCGUAUUUUAAAAUCCGGGUGCCCCCUCAACUAGCUUUUAGGGACGCAGGUGGUGCUGUGGGUUAAACCACAGAGCCUAGGGCUUGCUGAUCAGAAGGUCGGCGGUUCGAAUCCCCGUGACGGGGUGAGCUCCUGUUGAUCGGUCCCUGCUCCUGCCAACCUAGCAGUUCAAAAGCAUGCCAGUGCAAGUAGAUAAAUAGGUACUGCUCCGGCGGGAAGGUAAAUGGUGUUUCCGUGCGCUGCUCUGGUUCUGGUUAGUCAUGCUGGCCACAUGACCCGGAAGCUGUACGCCGGCUCCCUCGGCCAGUAAAGUGAGAUGAGCGCCGCAACCCCAGAGUCGUCCGUGACUGGACCUAACGGUCAGAGGUCCCUUUACCUUUACCCAGGGUAAGCUAGGCGCAUCUCAGUUAAUAAGAUGUAUUCUGAUAAUAGCAAUCAGUCAUCAAUCAUUUAAUUUCCUAUGAUUGUUUAAUAAUAAUAAUAAUAAUAAUAAUAAUACCUGGCAAGAUUAUACUCUAAAGAUGUAACGUUUGUCAUCGUGUUUCUACUACAUAAUCUGCAUCUAAAUAGAUGUGUUUUGAUGGCGCACCACUUUGAUUUUAUUGCUGAUUGCUGGUAGAGUCACCUUUUUAACAAAUGAAAACCUCACCAUGGUGCAAUCCUAAAUGUAACUUUAUACGUUGCAUCUAUAAAGGGUAGGACUUUUAAGCUGGUACGGCGUGUACUUCGUAAAAUAGAGUACCAUGCUGGAAUUUAAUCAUGGUGCGCGGAGAGUCGCCUAAACAGAAAUCAGAGCAGUUAAAUCUUAAGAAUCUUCUUGUUAAAUAUGAUAGUGUCUCUUCCAUUUUGCUUGUAAAUAUGUUAUUACUCUGAUCAUAAAACACUUGUGCAGUCAUAUCUGCUUGCACCUCAACUGUAAAGUCACUUAUAUAGCAUCAUGUUUUGGGGUGUUGUGCUAGCAUUGCAAAUGUUAUCCCCCCUCCCUGAAAGAUUUUCACCUGAUACAGCAGUUUUAAAGAUCGGCAAGUUGUUUGCUGCUUUGGAAAAUUAGGACAUUUUUAUAUCCUUUUUUAUAUAUAAAAGGGGGGGGUUAAAUCUUCCAAACUUUAAAAUAAUUGCACAUUAUUGCAUUUAAUCACGGACUUUGUAGAUUUUAUGCCACUCUGUUGCUAGAUUUUGCACUUAACAUUUGGUUAUGACAUGGUAUUGGGAUGCCAACUUUCAUCUAUAUUUGACUUUUAUAGGGGUUUGUAAAAUAUAUAAGGCUUUGGGUCCUAAGAUGUGUAAGUGAAACUUGUACAGAAAUUGAAUGGGGGGGGGAUUUUGCAUGAGAUGUUUGACAUGCACAAGGGCACAUGUAAAUUCAAGUCAAGAUCAGUUACUAUAUUAAUUGUAUUUCCUUUUGGUUCAGCAAAUUUGAGCAACGUUUAUCUCAAAUGAGCAUAUAAUCUCUUUAAUAAGAUCUGUUUUACAUUCUGAAAAGUUUAGUCGUGUCACGGAGUUUUCCAUAUUAUUGUUGCUUGCCGUUAACAUGAAAAAUAAUGAGAUUUAAUUAUAUGAGACAGUGUAACCCUAUAUGUGUCUACACGGUUCAAUGGGGCUUAUUCCCAGGUGUAUAUAGAAUUGCAGUCCAAAAUGCUACAGCUCUUUGUGGCGUCAAGUCAUUUGAACAUACCUGGAGACAAAGGAUGGUAUUCAACUAAAUUUUACUCAGCAUAGGUCCAUUUACGCCAUAGGCUCCCAGUACGCUUCCGAGCACAAUUCAAAGUGUUGGUGCUGACCUUUAAAGCCCAAAUGGCCUUGGUCCAGUAUAUCUGAAGGAGCAUCUCCACCCCCAUCAUUCAUCCCAGAUAGUGAGGUCCAGCUAGGAGGGCCUUCUGGCAGUUCCCUCCCUGCAAGAAGCCAAGUUACAGGGAACCAGGCAGAGGGCCUUCUCGGUAGUGGCGCCCGCCCUGUGGAACACCCUCCCACCAGAUGUCAGAGAGAAAAACAACUACCAAACUUUUAGAAGACACCAGGAGGCAGCCCUGUUUAGGGAAGCUUUUAAUGUUUGAUGUAUUACUGUAUUUUAAUAUUUGGUUGGAAGCCACCCAGAUUGACUGGGGAAGCCCAGCCAGAUGGGUGGGGUAUAAAUAAACAACAACAACAACAACAACAACAACAACAACAACAAUUUAUUUAACUUGAAUUAUGUUCAUUAAUUCCAAUGGAUCAACUCUUGAGUAAAACCCAGUUGAAUACCUGCAAAGGAAUUCAACAUCAUGCUAAAAUCAUUGUUCUGUCAAGGAAAGAUGUUGAAACUGCCAGAAGGAAUGAUCCCCUCUCUUGCCUCUAGCCCUUACCCCCCCCCCACAUGCUGUUCUGGGGGUUCCCCGAACCCCUACAGCUAAUUUGGGGGGGUAGGGUGGGGUGGGGUGGGAGGAAGCCCUUUUGCACAAGCAAAAGUCCUUCGCAGGGCUUCCUCUGACAGGACUCAUCAAUUAAAUCCCCUCGAAGAUAAGCACAUAGCUACAUAGUCUAGACUCUAGGAGACCUGGUCUAUAGCAGGGAAAGCCAACGUAGUCCGAUAUCUGAAGGUACCAUAACUCCUGUUAAACCUGGUCAAGGAUGGAGGAAAUUGUUGUCCAUCAGCAAUGAGCAGGCACCAUGUAGGUGGGCACUGGUUUAGAGAAUGCAGUUGUUAGGGACUGGGCAGAGGAGGAAUGGUGGAGACUGCCUCCCCAUCCUGACCCUUCCAGGGAGGAGGAAGAGGAAGACAGUAUAGAUUUGCAAGAGUGGUUUGAGGCAGGUCACAGCUCAGAGGUAGAUGAGCAGGAAAGUUGGGAAGAGCAGCUGGCUGAAACGUUAUCACUAGAAAGCAUUCCAGACCCACCAUCUUCCAGAACCCGGCGAGCCUUAAAAGUAGGAGAGCAAAGAGCUCAAAGACAGAGGGCACCCAUAGAGGAGGUGAUGAUAAUGAUGAAUGAGGAAAUGGGAGAGACGGGGGGUGGCGGCGAUGCAUUCGGGACAACGCCAUUAUGCAAGACGCUGGGUUCUAUAGCCUCUCUCUGUAAAGUUUGAAAUAAAGGACUAUAAGAAACUUUUCCUUGUCUUUAUACUUUCCUGGGCGACCAGCCGGGAGCCGCUGACAGCAUCCUGACAGUCAUGCUGCCUUUGCUAAGAUGUUUGCUUAGCCCUAAUACUAAUACUCGGCGGUUUGAAUCCCCGCGACGGGGUGAGCUCCCGUUGCUCGGUCCCUGCUCCUGCCAACCUAGCAGUUCGAAAGCACAUCAAAGUGCUAGUAGAUAAAUAGAUACCACUCUGGCGGGAAGGUAAAGGGCAUUUCCGUGCGCUGCUGUGGUUUGCCAGAAGCUGCUUAGUCAUGCUGGCCACAUGACCUGGGAGCUGUACCCCGGCUCCCUCGGCCAAUAAAGCGAGAUGAGCGCCGCAACCCCAGAGUCGGCCAUGACUGGACCUAAUGGUCAGGGGUCCCUUUACCUUUAAUACUAAUACAGUGGUACCUCGGGUUACAGACUCUUCAGGUUACAGAUGCUUCAGGUUACAGACUCCGCUAACCCAGAAUUAGUACCUUGGGUUAAGAACUUUGCUUCAGGAUGACAACAGAAAUCGUGCAGUGGCAACGGGAAGCCCCGUUAGCUAAAGUGGUACCUCAGGUUAAGAACAGUUUCAGGUUAAGAACGGACCUCCAGAACGAAUUAACCUCUUAACCCAAGGUACCACUGUACUAAUAUGGGUACCAGUGGGAGGGAAAUAGCAUACAUUGGUAGAGCCAUGAGCACUUGGUCAUCUUUGGCUUACGUCAUAUAUCAAGUUAAUCUUACUCUGUGGUUUCCCCCCCUUUCUCCUUCUGGUAGGUACAACUGUAACUGUUCUGAAGCUGUUCAAGAAUCUGCCUGUGAGAAAGCAGUUUUACUCAACAGAUAAAAAACGUAAGGAAGAAAUUAAAAAAAUCCAGAAACUUCUGAUGGCCUACGGCAUCAUAAAACCAGAACUGAGGAUCACAUUUACACACAACAAGGUAACAAACGCCUUGUCUUUGAAAUGACUAAGAUGGCUGCACUAUUACGGUUGUAUUUUUCCAACCUGGAGUUCUCCAAAGUUUAGAUACGGUCAGAUUUCCGUGGCCCAAAUCCAAAGAAAGUUAAAUUAGGCACCUUAUGAUUUCAGCAGAGCUUGAGCACAGCAAGGUUUCCCAUUUGGGCACCUAUCGCCCCCAUUUUGAGAUGGUGGCUUGCAAUCCUGGCCAGAAUAAAGGGGAGAAAGGCUAUUUCAUUGGCUCUCUGGAGAUGCAGCUGCCUUUGGUCUCUAGCACUACCCGUUUGGUCAAGCUUUGGCAAUCUGGGUUGUUGCUGGGCUGCUGCCAACUCAAGAGUUUUCCCAACCUGUUGUGUUUCUUCAUGCUAGCAUACUAUUGCCAGGAAUUUGCCGCUACUUGUUGUUGUUGUUGUUUAGUCGUUUAGUCGUGUCUGACUCUUCGUGACCCCAUGGAACAGAGCACGCCAGGCACUCCUGUCUUCCACUGCCUCCCGCAGUUUGGUCAGACUCAUGUUUGUAGCUUCGAGAACACCGUCCAACCAUCUCGUCCUCUGCCGUCCCCUUCUCCUUGUGCCCUCAAUCUUUCCCAACAUCCGGGUCUUUUCCAGGGAGUCUUCUCACGAGGUGGCCAAAGUAUUGGAGCCUCAGCUUCAGGAUCUGUCCUUCCAGUGAGCACUCAGGGCUGAUUUCCUGAAGAAUGGAUACGUUUGAUCUUCUUGCAGUCCAUGGGACUCUCAAGAGUCUCCUCCAGCACCAUAAUUCAAAAGCAUCAAUUCUUUGGCGAUCAGCCUUCUUUAUGGUCCAGCUCUCACUUCCAUACAUCACUACUGGGAAAACCAUGGCUUUAACUAUAUGGACCUUUGUUGGUAAGGUGAUGUCUUUGAUUUUUAAGAUGCUGGCUAGGUUUGCCAUCGCCUUUCUCCCAAGGAGCAGGCGUCUUUUAAUUUCGUGGCUGCUGUCACCAUCUGCAGUGAUCAUGGAGCCCAAGAGUUGCCGCUGCUACUCUUCCCUUAAUAUAUUUUUAUUAUCCAAAAUUUAUAUUCUGCUUUGUUUGUUAAAAAACAAAACACCUCUAAGCAACUGAAAAUGAUGCACUGCUCAUACGCUGCUGCUGUCCUUAACUUUCUGCAAAUCUGUGCAAAGCAUUUCUUAGACUUGGUACCAUUUUUAAAAGGGGAUUGAGAUUGUGGUGUGUUUUCGGAGGGGUUAUUUCUGAAUAGGUAGAGGUGCCCUACCUGUAGUCCAUGACCGUCAUCUUUCCGGGCUUUGGUGAAGUUUUAAAUAAUCUUAUUCUAGAAUGGUAAAAGUUGCCCGCAACUAUCCUUAGAUCUAUCUUGCGUUUGGAGGAAAGAACCUUCCUGGAAAUAACUGCACUGUUAUUUCGAAGACGAGAGUGACAUCUAACGGUCAAGCUGAAUUUGUCAAAGCAACUUGAUGCUGUUUGGGUUAUUCCUUCAGAGAAGCUGAGUGCAGCUGGCUUAAACUGGUUCUAUUAUCUCUUCUGUCAAGGGCAUGCCAAAAGUAGGGCCAGAAGGAUCCAGGGUUUCUUUUUCUGUCUCUCUUUCCUUCUGGUGUGGGGUUCUGUACAUAGUUUGCUUAGUGUUAAGGUUUAGACUUAUUAUAAGUUAUUGUAAGCUUAAGUUAAGUCUGCCACAACUGGAUUUCUUAUGGACAGUUCUGCCAAUCCUGAAUGUAGUGGAUUUGUCACCAUUCUGCUCAUUUGCCUUCAGUAGCAGCAAAGCUAUGCUGGAAGAAAUACAAUUGCUUCCGGUCUAUUUUGGGGGGAAUACUACAAUGUAUUUUAAGUUUUUACUCUGCUAACUAGAUGUUGGAGUUCUGCUCUGGAUCGAAAUUGAGUAGAAUUUCAUGUCAGAUAAAUCACGAUGUUGCAAACCAGAUAUCGCCCAACUCUAGCAGCCGGGCUGCCCUCAUGCUUUACAAAUGAGUUCUCCCCGAAGCACAGCAGUGUCAAUGGGUGGCAGUCGCAGCAGGUGGUGGGUUGUGUGGUUUUGUUUUUUAAUUGGCUAGCAGGGCCUAGUGGUGCACAGCAAGCUGGUAGCAAAAGUACAGAUUGCUAUAUCACUCCUUUGCCAUUUCUGUGCUGACUAUAGAGGCCACGGGGCUUCACUUUCUCUGCAGCCAGUUUGGAUUUAUGUUCUUCUAUUUUCUUUUUAGGGACGCGGGUAGCGCUGUGGGCUAAACCACAGAGCCUAAGGCUUGCCGAUCAGAAGGUCGGCGGUUCGAAUCCCCGCAACAGGGUGAGCUCCCGUUGCUCGGUCCCUGCUCCUGCCAACCUAGCAGUUUGAAAGCACUUCAAAGUGCAAGUAGAUAAAUAGGUACCGCUCCGGUGGGAAGGUAAAUGGCAUUUCCGUGCGCUGCUCUGGUUCUCCAGAAGCGGCUUAGUCAUGCUGGCCACAUGACCCGAAAGCUGUACGCCGGGUCCCUCGGCCAAUAAAGCGAUAUUAGCGCCGCAACCCCAGAGUCGGCCAUGACUGGACCUAAUGGUCAGGGGUCCCUUUACCUAUGUUCUUUUUAUUUAUUUUUAUUUUUAAAAAACAUUUAUAAACCGCUUAAUAUUUUUUUUAAAUCUCUUAAGCAGUUAAACGAGCUGCUACAGUUGUGUAAAAGUAGAUGCCUGCAUUGAAUUCCUCGUUGCCAAUGGGGACCAGGUAAGUAGUUAAAUUCAAGACGAGAGACUCUUAUUUUUCCCCACUCUUGUUUGAUUUCUGUACGAGUAAAUCAGAGUUAUUUAUAAUAAGAAAUCCUGUCUGUGGGGGUAAGACAUUGUACAUGUUUAUUGAGAGCCAAGGGGUCUUUUAAGACAGAGUACAGCUACUCAUAAUUGUUUGGGGAUUUUUCUGUAGUGUUGACUCACCCCAAGUGAUUUCUUUGGGGGGGGGGCGUGUCACAGCUUGUGAAAAUCACCACUUGUUCAUUUACUUUGGUCGCUUUGCGCUUGCUCUUAUUGAAUUUGUUUGACUCACCUGAGUAGUUGUGUAAUGUCAUCUGAUGUGUGAACAAUGGUAAUUAAUCGUGGACAAAGAGAAACUAUUUAUCCGUAUUGAAAGGGUGAGAAUGUGUCUGCACCAGCCGGGGGAAACAAUUGAAGUGAACUCUAUUGGAAUAAGGUGAAUAUUUUCCCAAUUGAGACAUUUUAGGGAAAUGACUUAACAAAAAUAUCCAUGUUCACCAUUUCAGCUCAAAAAAUUAAACCGGGGAGUAUCGGAUACAGCCAUAACCUUCAUGAUAAUCUUGCAGAAUCGCAUCCUUCUCAAAUGUUGAGAAUAAAACAAGCUAUCUAUAACAAUCCUUGUCCAAAUAUAUUUAUAACGAGGGAAAGCCUAUAUAAAUCAAGAACCAGUAGGAAGGAAUGUUUUCAAACAGUGAUUUGCAGCAAAGUACUAAGACUCAAAAUGUUUUCACAGGUCAAGAGAUUCUGUAACAGGGCCUAAGCAAAAAGCCACAUAAUAUGAAUUCAGCUCUCUGUAGUGAGAAUUGCAUUUCUAAGUGUUAAAUUGGAACUUUUGACAGGGCAGCUGUUAGUAUUCAAAGCAUUGCCCUUGAGACUUUUCAGCACUAGAGGGCAAUCAUUAGCUAUAGCAUGAGUGGGAACAAGGCAAAAACAAACUAGAAUCCAUUGGCCUCUUCAUUAGCCAGUACAUAUAUAUAUAUAUUGUACAUAUAUAUAUAUUGAGACAGGUGUGCUGCCUAAAAGCCUAUCCUGAAGGCCAAGGAAUCUAUAAAGGUUGAGAGGGUGCUAUUGGGAGAAUCAGCAGGUGCACAGACCUCAAUCUUUGGAUUCUCAUGAUUAAAACCAGCCUCAUUUUUCAUAUACUUUGGUUCUCAAACGCCCUGCGACUCGAACAUUUGGGCUCCCAAAUGCCGCAAGCCCGGAAGCAAGUGUUCCGGUUUGCGAACUUUUGGGGGAAGCUGAACAUCCGACGUGGCUUCUGCGGCUUCCAGUUGAGUGCAGGACGCUCCUGCAGCCUAUCAGAAGCCGCGCCUUGGUUUCCGAACGUUUUCGGAAGUCGAACGGAUUUCCAGAACGGAUUCCGUUCGAGAACCAAGGUACGACAGUGUUAGGAAGUUUUGUGUGCAGUAAAUAAUUCCGUUGUGGGCCACAGGAGCUGUGAGGGAUACAGAAAAAUGCCACUAGCAGUAAGCUCAAAUUCCAGGCAAGAACAAGUGAUUAUGUUGAGCAGCCUUUGUGUAUUGAUUAUUGAUUGGCUUUAUGUGUUGUGUCUUGUCCAUGAUUGCGACAGAAGAGUCCCGUGAGCUCGGGGAGGCAGGUUCUAAAAACUAAAGAGCAGGAAGAAAUGGCUUAUGAGAUAAAUUAUGAGGUGAAACAGGUAGCAUAAAGUAUUUUCAGGUAAUGGGUACUGAGGUGAUAGCAUAGUAGAAACCUUUAGCCCAGGGGUCGGCAACGUGCGGCCCAUUAGCCAGAUACCGCCCAUGAAGACCGUUUUACUGGCCCACAAGCCGCCCCCGAACCAAGCUGCCCGCUCAGCAAAUCCCCUGUGCACUGCGCUAAACCAGCACGGCGCGGGGACUCGCUGAGCAGCGCCGGAAAUCGCGUCUGCGCACGCACAGAUACCGAAAUUCGCAUCUGCACAUGUCCAGACGCCGGAAAUCGCUUCUGCGCAGGUGCAAUUUUUGGCAUCUGGGCAUGUGCAGAAGCAAUUUCUGGCAUCCGGACAUGCGCAGACGCAAUUUUUGGCAUCAUGCUGCCCCAGUCCAGCCCCCGGACGAUCUCCGUGGGAGUGAUCCAGCCCAUGGCCGGUAAACCUUGCCGACCCCUGCUUUAGCCCCAAAACUUAGUGAUUGUGUGAAGAAAAUUAAGAAAUUUACUUGUUGAAGCGUUAUGGGUCGAACUGAGAGAAGCGUGAGGGAAUCCUUCCUUAAACAGUGAGGCUCCCCACGAAAACCUUGUGGGUUUUGAAGAAUGAGAUCUCUCUGGAAUGGCAUGAGGGAAAUUGGAAGAAUUUGGGGGGGGGGGUUGCUUUGUGUGACCAAAAGUGCCUUUCUGCUCUGCUCAAACAUCACGCCUUUAGACCCAUACCUAUAGCUACUGUGAAAAUUUAUCACAGCUCUUUUAAAAGGAUUUCCCACCCCCAUCCUGUGGUCAAAGAUAUUCUGGUAAGAAAGUCUCUUUUUGGGUGUCUAAUCAUACAGUGGCAUCUGAGCUCAAUGCAAAUAAGUAGAUUCAGUGGUUUUUUUCCUACUCCUAUUGAAAUACUGCCCUACAAUGAGGCCAAACUUAGAUUCACAAAAUGUUUAGCGGUAUGCGUACCCCUGCAUUCCUCCCAGAAAAAAAGCACCGAGUAGGUGUAUUUUAUAACACGCUGAAAAUAACGACAAGAAAAUUAACAAACCUCGAGCUUGUUUGGAGGUUCUAGCAGGGGAGCGCAGCUAUCAUAUACCCUUGACCGAAGAACGGUACACUCCUAUCUGGGAUGGUCGUCCUCUUCCGCCGAGCGUGCAGCUUCGGGAGGGACGCACAUGGAGCGGUGAGGGAGGAAGGGGACGCCCGCCUAGCCAGCCAGAUCAGCCGAAUCAACCCUGGCGAUCAAUGGGGUGACAGAUGUCGCAGCCAGAUCGCCCAACAGGUGAUAAUUUAAAGCUAUAAUAUAUUAAGAUAAAAGAGUAAGAUAAAAUCAAAGAGGGAAAGGAAUUGCUGAAUUAACUAACUGAACUGGAAUACAAAAAAGGGAGGUGUGAGGAGGUCAGGGAAACAAGCAAAUGAAAGAUAAGAUAUGGAAAGACUGACUUGUUUUUAACUGUUUUUACCUUGUAUUUUUUUCCCUGUUUUUUUCCCCUCUUACUCUUUUCUCUUAUUUUUGUAAUAUGCUGAAACUUUAAUAAAUAUCUUAUAUAUAAAAAAAGAAAAUUAACAAACCUCUUGGUUCUUUUCAACCCCCCCUGCUCAUUUUCUGUGUUGCCAAACAGUAUCAGUCAAGUUACCUCUUUCAUUUCUUGACAUUUUAUUGUCUCGUACUGAAAGAACCGUCUGUUUUGUUUACGUGUUCAAUGAAGACUUUAUAUGUUUGCACAAUCGAUCGGUGUUGCCACAUGCUGACAUUUUAUUUAUUUAUUUCCAGACAAAAGUGGAUAUAUAGGCUUAGCGGUCUACUUGGAAGUUUCCUGAUUGCUGCCCUUUACAAACUUAGGAUGAUUUUUUGUUUUGUUUUUGUUUGAAAUGUUUUGUUUGCAUUAGCAGUAAAUAAUGGCUUGCUUAACAGAUCAACCCUUGACGGGACUAUUGCUAUUUUGACAACUUGGAUUAGCUUGUGCCUCAUGUGUUUAUGAAGGUUUAUCCUGCCAAGACAUUCUUUGAAUGCUGAUAAUGUUGAUACUCCUGCCAGUAUGGUUAUGUUAGAAAGAGGUAUUUUCCCUCUUUCGUCACCAUGUUCCUUGAAAGCCAACUGAAUAUUGAGGUAGCCACAGGCAGAUAAUUUACUGAAGUAUUUGUUAGUUAGUUAGUUUUUUUUAAAAAAAAUUGAUGUUCUUGUGAAGAACAGAAAGUUGAGAAUAUUGGGUGUUUAAAAGGCAAGAAUUAAAGAAUAUUAAAAAAAAAUAGCUUGCCAUAUCUAGAUACCUGGAAGUGACUAAUUUCACCUUGAAAUCUGAGCUCUCUCAUUGGUUUUUUGGUAAAGAUAGCUUCAAAUUCUUUGCUAUUUAAAAUCUUAGGAAUAAUUUAUGCACAUCUACUAUAUUAGCUAUGUAGGCAUUUUAGUUCUAAUGAUUUUUUUAGGUAUUUAUUUUGUUGUGUUGUGACCGUUGUAGUGAAGGGCAGCAUGGAAGUAACUUCCGUCAGUCCGUCUCAAAUCUUCUGUCUGCAGAAUUCUUUAAUCUGGUGUAAGGAAAUACUAUAUAUAGCACACAUAGCAUAAACUCUAAUUGAUAAUUCCAUUCCAGCUAUUUGUAACACUUCAGAAAUAGCACUGAAAAUAAUACGAGAUUGUGUUGCUACCUAGGAAGCGCUAACAGUUGUAGAGGCAACUUGGAGAGCGAUAAUGAGCUGUCGCCUGUGCCAACCUGCUCACAUUUUGCAGUAAAACAUCUUCGGGAAAUAAAUUAGACCACUCGGUAGCUGGAAGGUUUGAGCUCCUGUUGCCUGUGUUUACCAGGUAAAAGGUGAAGGACCCCAAGACAGUUAAGUCCAGUCAAAGGUGACUGUGGGGUGGCGGCGCUCAUCUCGCUUUCAGGCAGAGGGAGCUGGCAUUUGUCCGCAGACAGCUUUCCAGGUCAUGUGGCCAACAUGACUAAACCGCCUCUGGCGCAACAGAACACCGUGACAGAAACCAGAGCGCACGGAAAUGCCGUUUACCUUCCCGCCGGAGCGGUACCUAUUUAUCUACAGUGGUUAAGAACUUAAUUCGUUCUGGAGGUCCGUUCUUAACCUGAAGCACCACUUUAGCUAAUGGGGCCUCCCGCUGCUGCUGCGCUGCCGCUGCAUGAUUUCUGUUCUCAUCCUGAAGCAAAGUUCUUAACCUGAGGUACUAUUUCUGGGUUAGCAGAGUCCGUAACCUGAAGCGUCUGUAACCUGAGGUAACACCGUACUUGCACUUUCACGUGCUUUUGAACUGCUAGGUUGCAGGAGCUGGGACAGAGCCAACGGGAGCUCACCCCGUUGUGGGGAUUCAAACCGCCAACCUUCCAAUCGGCAAGCCCAAGAGGCUUAGUGGUUUAGACCACAGCGCCACCCACGUCCUACCAGGUGUAUGGGGUGACAUGUACCAGGUGUAUGGGGUGACAUGUCAUGGUCCCCACCAGAGGUACUACCCUUCCCCUUUGCUCUGCAAAGGUCCCUUCCAAGGCAGUAUGAAUGGAGGGAAAUGUUUUGCGUAAGAAAAAAAGACCUGUGCAUACCCAUGUGAAAAAGGAGAAAGGGAGCAUGUUUAAUAGAACCAGAAAAGAACUUAUUGAUUGGUUAGUAAAUGUGCGAGAGAUGGACACCUGUCUACUAGGAAAUGACUGAGACCAACUCAUCUUACUCUCCCAGCUGUUCAAUAUUCGAUGUAACAACUCCCCCCACCCAAAAAACAGGUUGAAUUUGAAGUGCUGACCUAAAGGUGGAAUGUUUUGUAUCAUGUUACCAAUUCCUUGAGUCAUCUAGUUUCUCAUCCAUUGCAUUUUUCAGAUGACAGCACAUCAUUUAUAGCAGAAAUGUGGUAUCAGCUGCUCGCAUAUAUAGUAUGCGGUACCUGUUGAAAUUCUUGUCUUCAGGUCUUAUAGGUCAUAGUCAGACAUUACGGGCAGGGACUGUGUAGAUUAGAGUCCUGUGAGUGUGUUUUACAAUUUUGCGAAAGGGAGCGGACUCGCUUUCCAUCGGUGUCCAGGAGAAUCGGAGGGAGCUGCAGAAACGUUCAAUGACGCCUUCGUUUUACUGCUUGCUUGCCUUGCAGUGUCACUGCUGGACACAAAGAUCUGUCCUCCAUUGCUCCCCCAGAAAACAAAACAGUUGCUGUGCUGGCUGCCCAUUUGAAAAAAACCAAUCAGUAUGCAUGACACGUGUGCUUCUUCCCCCUUUGUGCAGGAAAAUGCAAGCGGCAAACUAUCCUGCCCCUCUGCAUUUUUCCUGUUCUCUCUGAUUUUAUUGGAUCCUAUUCUGAAGGAGUCCAAAUUGUUUCUCCCUCCCACAGAUGCACACCAUGUAUAGGCUAAUGUGAAUCUGCACACAUCUCUUGCCUGUUUUCAGCUAUAGAGUUAUUUUGGGACAUUCAGGAAAUGUUUUAAAAAAGACAAAUGGACCAGGGCAGUAUUUCCUUGGUCACUUAGGUUAGAGCGCAAAGCAUCUAAAUGGGUUGGGUUCAGACAUUCACCAUUUGGACUUUCAGCUUGGGCCAUACUGUUCUUUUUCUCGGGCAAUUCCACUAAAAGUAGUAGAAUUAUAGAGUUGGAAAGGGGCCACAAGGCUCAUAUAUUCCAAACCCCCUGCAGUGUGGGAAUAUUUUGCUCAGUGUCGGGCUCAAACCCACAACCCUGAAAUUAAAAGAGUCUCAUGCUGUGCCGGCUGAGAUAACAAUAAUAAUAAUAAUAAUAAUAAUACUACUACUACUACAGUGGUAUCUCGGGUUACAUACGCUUCAGGUUACAUACGCUUCAGGUUACACACUCCUCUAACCCAGAAAUAGUGCUUCAGGUUAAGAACUUUGCUUCAGGAUAAGAACAGAAAUCCAGCUCUGGCGGCGCGGCGGCAGCGGGAGGCCCCAUUAGCUAGAGUAGUGCUUCAGGUUAAGAACAGUUUCAGGUUAAGUACGGACCUCCGAAACGAAUUAAGUACUUAACCCGAGGUACCACUGUAAUAAAAUCUUCUUCAUCUUAUCAGAAGAAUGAAACCUGACACCUAACAAUACAACCUGCUUUUGAACUGUAUGAUCUUCAGUGGCAGAUACAUAAUAAUUGGCAGAAAUUGUGGGUCAUCUUCUACACGGAAAGCAGAGGUGUGGCGGGUGAUUGGUGGCAUCAGGAGAUUUGCAGCAGCGAUUGGGCGUGUGAUUUGCUGCUGUGGCAAGGUCUGCUGAUGACUGGCUGUGGUUGCGUUGAGUGGGCAGGUGGUCUUUUGGCUGCGAGUGUGCAGACGAUUGGUGGUCACGGCGAUCUCCCCCCCCCAAAAAACAACAACAACAACAACAAAGCUCAGCAACUCUGGGCAAUCUCCUCCCCAAAAAAGCUCAACAACUUUGGGUUUGGGCAACAACUUUGGUGACCCCCAAAAUAGGGGUCAUCUUAUACAUGGGGGCGUGUUAUACACGAAAAAAAUACGGUAUAUGCACAUGUCUGUAAAGGAGAAAAUAUCGGACUUUCUGUCACACUUCUUUGCAGAUUUGAGAUGCUUGCAUAGACUUGUCAGACUGCGUCUUUUGCAUUUCAUGACUUUACAAUUCACCGCUGUAAGCUCAUAGAUGCAUUAUUUAAUAUAUUAUCUGCUAACUAAGCAAAACUAAGCAUCCGAGGGGUGGUGGUGGUCUUUAGUCCAUGAAAGCUAAUGCCACUGAAAGACUGUUAGUCUUUUAAGAUGCCGCAAGAUGCUUCACUGUUCAAAAUAAGAAAUGUAUUUAGCUAACUCAAACAAGCGGACUUGUGGAGGGAAACCUUUUGCGUGUCGUGUUCUUCAAUCUGUUUCAUACACAGUGGAACAAGGGACUCAUAGUUUCCGUGCUAAGAUUUGUAUGGUUGGGGUUUUUUUUUGCUAAACUUCGCUAGAGGGAAGAGCUCGCUGUCUGGAGGCUCAGUACUCUCCCAACACUUCAUUUUCAGAUUUUUGGCAGUCCCUUUCAGUAGCUAGCUACCCUGCCAAAGGCUUCUCCGUCACCUGCUCCCCCAGAAUACCUCCCCCUUUGAGAGGAAAGGUUUAGAUGAGCAAGGAGAAAUUUGAGUAUGACAAUGUUGACAGAAUUUGCUCUGAAGACUGACAGUGGGGAAAUCUAAUAGAAAACAGAUCUUCCAGAGGCCUGCAAGAGAGUGUGGGUGAUGCUGAGAAGGUGUCCAUAAAGAAUAAAAUGUGACUCACCUGAUUAGUAAUGCACUCUUCAGUGAGCUGGGAUUUAUAAUUGAGCACCAUUCAGGUAAACAACAAUUUUUUUUAAAAAAGCAACCACUGCUUGUUAAUUGAGGGUGCAGAAUUCCUUAUAUCUGGAAUUUACAAGUACUUGCAGUGCUUCUGUAGGACCAAGCAAACUCCUGAUGGAGGUAUUAUUUUUCACCCGGCAUUAGCUUUCAGUACUACACAUGGCUGCAUCUGCUUGUAACUUUUUAACACAGGAUUCUAAAGUUAGGCUCUUUGAAAUAGGGGAGGCCAUCUGGCAAGCCCGUAGGCCAGAUCCUGGGCCCUGAAGCGGCCUACCUUGGCUAGAAACGGUGGUCCCCCGUCCCCCCCACGUAAAUGUGUGAAGGUAUUUUUACACUGGAACUCCUUGCAGGCUGAGGGUUCAGCGUUCAUACAGAUUUUUGCAUUUGCAUAAUGGGCCUACAGGACGAAGUAAGCCAUACAAAUAAAAGUCUCUGCAAACGCGCGUUCGUCUUCUGUGGAACCACUCGCGGGACAAUGAUCUAUGUGGAGAUAGAAUGACUGCCGAAAUCAUUCCCUUAAGGGAGAGGAAACAGUUGAUCUUCCAUGUUUGUGUUCAGUAGUAGCAUACAUAUCCUAAAACAAAUUGGUUUUACUUGAACAAGUAUAGAAUUCCAUGAGGUAAAAAGUAAAGGUAAAUGACCCCUGGACGGUUAAGUGGAGUCAAAGGCGACCAUGGGGUUGCGGUGCUCAUCUCGCUUUUGGGCUGAGGGAGCCGACGUUUGUCUACAGAGAACUUUCUGGGUCAUGUGGCCAGCAUGACUAAACCACUUCUGGCGCAGCGGGACACAAUGACGGAAACCAGAGCGCACGGAAACGCUGCUUACCUUCCUGCCACAGUGGUACCUAUUUAUCUACUUGCACUGGCGAGCUUUCGAACUGCAGGAGCUGGGACCAAGCAACGGGAGCUCACUCCCUCACAGGGAUUCAAACUGAUGACCUUCCAAUCGGCACGCCCAAGUGGCUCUGUGUUUUAGACCACAGCGCCACCCGCUCCCGGAGAAUUCCAUGAAUUGUGACAUAAUUAAAGGGAAGACACAUUUUACAUAAUGAAUAAGCGAACGAGCUGUGCUUUCUCUUCUUACACUUCCAAGGUUUCUUCAGAUAUGCAGAGUAAUUCAUCUCCCCUCUGGAGAAAAGUAUGAAUGCAUGAUGCAAUUUUCUAUGCACUAGCGUGAUGUUUACCUGGGAUAUAUUUACUGCAUGGGAAAAGCUAGAUUUUUCUGUCUGGGGAGAAAACUAACAAAUGAAUUAGGCCUAGCAGGAGAUAUUAACACAGCCUCUUCUAUAAUUGUUUUCUCAAUUUAUAGGACAUUGAGCUUGUUUACACAUACAGUGGUACUUUGGUUUACAACCAUAAUCCGUUCCAGAGGUCUGUUUGUAAACCAAAACAGGUUGUAACCCAAGAUGUGCUUUCGCCAAUGGGGCCUCCAAAAGAAAUUUGUUCGUAAUCCAAAAAAAAGGGGGGGAAAGGGGUUGUAAUCCAAAAAACUGGGACACACACUUCCGGGUUUGACGUGUUUGUAAUCCAAAAUGUAUGCAAACCAAGACGUAUGCAAACCAAGGUACCACUGUAUUGCUAACCAUGGUUUAGCAGGUAAACGUUAGCACUACAUAGAGAAGCCUCAGGGAGCCUAUGCAAAGUGUUCUUGUACACAAUCCCUUCCCUCUGCUUUCUGUGAAGAUUACUUUGAGUUUCAAGGACACUUUGUUUGUUGUGUACAAACCAAGAAUCCUGGUUUCAAACAAAUAAUAAUUAAGCUAGCUUUAUAACCUGUGAUUCGUAACUUGGGCUUAGUAAAUAAACAUUGUUCGUUUUAAACCAGGAUUCUUAGUUAACCCACUAUUAAACCAUGAUUCUUUGAAACUGGAGGUAAUUUUGGCAGAAGGUCCUCCUCAUUUAUAUAGGAGGAAGAAGGGGAAGGAAGAACAUGCAACCCUGAUGCUUCCUGUCUCACUGAGGGUUGUCCACUAAACCAUGGCUUAGUGCUGCUUGAUACCCGGCCAUUGCCACAGAUCACAACUCAGUUUUCAUUGCCUAUCAAGUGUUUGUUUGCUUAGAACAGAUGAACCAGUUAAGAUUCCUACAGAAUCUUAACUGGUUCAUCUGUUCUAUGGAAACAAACACUUGAUAGGCAACGAAAACUGAGUUGUGCAAGUAAUAUAAAGAAACGAGAAUAGAUUCUAUUCUGUCAUUCAGUACUGAACAGUUAGCAUUGCCUCAGUGGCCUGGUAUGCACCUAACACUAAGCCAAACUUUGACUUAUUGGGAACAAGCAAGCGUGCUGGUGUGCAUGGAGAAAAUUGCAGCUGGUUUGCUCCUUCCCAGCUCUUGGUACUGCCAUGCAACCAUGAGCUAAGCCAUGGUUUGCCCUAGUGUUGUGUCCAAACUUGAUUGUAGUGAGACAAACCAUACAUCCAGGUUUGGAUAUAGCACUUAAGUAAACUAUGGCUCAGCUUUUGCGAACAUGGCAGCAGAAGAGAGGGAAGAGGAGACUCGUGACAGUUGUUUUCCUGUGCAUGAGUAAGCUUGCCUGUUCAUGGUAAACCACACUUCAAUUUUGUGUUACCUGUGAACUAGGCCUUUGUAUAUGCUUUUGUUUUUAAUAUGGGUUUUUCUAAUAUUAUAUCAGUUUUUGCUUCUUCAGAGCAUGAUUCUGGUACUUGCAAAUUCCUUGCAGAAGUCAUAAUUGGUUCCCAUUUUUCUCUUUUCUCUUUUCUAUAAUUUUUUAUAUUAUUAUAUAUUUAUGCCACCUAUUAAAAAAUGUAUUCUGGGUGGUUCACAAAGGAUGUGUACUCAAAUCACAAAGCUUAUAUAAAAAUUAUAUUAAGACAACCAGGACACCUGGAAACAAAGUCUUACGAAGGGCACUUGAGGGAGUUGGGUAUGUUUAGCUUGGAGAAGACUGAGAGGUGGUAGCCAUCUUAAAAUAACUGAAGGGCUGCCACAUGGAAGAUGGAACAAGCUUGUUUUCUACUGCUCCAGAGAGUAGGACCUGGACCAAUGGAUUCAAAAUACAAGAAAUGAGAUUCUGACUAAACAUUAGAAAGAACUUUCUGACAGUAAGAGCUGUCAAAACAGUGGAAUAGUCUACCUUGGAAAGUCUACCUUGGACGCUCCUUCUAUGAAAGUUUUUAAGCAAAGGUUGGAUAACCAUCUGUCAGGGAUUCCUUAAUUGUGAUCCGUGCAUUUCAGGGGACUGGACUAGAUGACUCUUGAGGUCAUUUCCAACACUACAUUCUAUCAGAAAUAAGCAUCAGCAUAAAAAUAGUUCAUUCACCACAAGACAUCCUCCUUUUCACAAGUGUGAAGUUGUGUCUGUUUUGUGAGGAACUUCCAUGCUCAUCUCUAAGAUUUUGUUUUACAAUGUUUGCAUCUACUUAUGGAGCUAAACCGGGACCCGGGUGGCGCUGUGGGUUAAACCACAGAGCCUAGGACUUGCCGAUCAGAAGGUCGGCGGUUCAAAUCCCCGCAACGGGGUGAGCUCCUGUUGCUCGGUCCCUGCUCCUGCCAACCUAGCAGUUCGAAAGCACGUCAAAGUGCAAGUAGAUAAAUAGGUACCGCUCCGGCAGGAAGGUAAAUGGUGUUUCUGUGCUGCUCUGGUUCGCCAGAAGCGGCUUAGUCAUGCUGGCCACAUGACCCGGAAGCUGUACGCCGACUCCCUAGGCCAAUAAAGCGAGAUGAGCGCCGCAACCCCAGAGUUGGUCACAACUGGACCUAAUGGUCAGGGGCCCCUUUACCUUUAUCUAAGGAUCUAAAAUUGAAUUCCGCCAGGACACAGUUGUCCUAGGUGGCAAGCAUCUCUCUUUUUUUGCCCUGCUUGUAAAUAUUUCUUUAUCUUUAUCUCCUCUCUUGUUAUUAUUUUAGUCUCCUUAAUCCAGGAAGGAAGAGUGCAGUGCCUACAAAAUCUAGUUAUGUUAUUCUCUUCUAGAUUGAAAAGGGACAGACAAAUAACUUUGAUAUGUCAAACAAGUGCAAAACAGUUUAUGCUGUUAACUAAUUGGCAGCUUAUAAAACGUACUUUGAAACAGCAAGAGUUUUCAAGGGGUGGAGGGAACAGUUGGAAAAUGGAACAUUACUGGUUUGUAUCGUGGGAGUUGACCAGCCCUGGAAUCACCUCUCUCUGGGGUUUUUUUUUUUUUAAAGCAAAUUUUCUCAGUGGCAUCCCAUAGGAAGCAGUAUCGUUCAAAUAGGUCUAGCAGGCAUUUGUUCUGUGUAAGGUGGGCUGGUUCUCCAGCACCCCACAUAGAACAGAUCUGGGCAAAAGCGAUGUCAAAGACUUUGUAGUCUUUCGAUUCAUGCAGUACUCUUCAAUGAAACAGAGAGGAGUCAAGAUAUAUUUGGCCAGCUCUGUCAAAACCUAAGAUGGUCUGUAUGUAAUAAUAUAUUUUGAUAGGGUACUUUCGCAGUGUCAUCAUACUGCCCAGAGUCAUAUUCUUUCUUGGCUCAUCCUAGGCCCCAGGUUUAUGUGACCUAGAAAAUACAUGGGGGUGUGUGAUAUAUUUAUAGCACGAUUUCGGAGUAUAAUCAAGAUUAUAAAGUAGUGCAAGGAAGCUUGCUUGGGAAAUCAAGUUGCUUUCAGAAGUAAAGAAAUGUAAAAGUUAACAAGGCUUUUUGGGCUUGGUGCAUUUGAUUUUUAAAAAAACCAGUUUUGGAGGUUUUCCCUACUGAUUCCAGUUCCUAAGGAAAAGUAAAUAAGAAAUUCCUCCGGUGAUUAGCUGUUACCUGCUUUUACAAACUUUGCAUUUAGUAAGUUCUCAUGUUCCAGAGCUCUCUUAAAACUUUUUUUAACUGAUCUUUUGAAGAGUUAUGUAUAUCAGACAUUCAGCAGGUCAGGCAAUGUAAUAACAUCCUUGCAUUAAUCAGCAACUAAGAUUUAUAUCUGUGGCGUCACAUUGAUAGAAGCUAAAAUAAGCACCGUGAUGUUUAUAUCAGUUGUGUCAAAAGCGUCUUGGUCUAGAUGUAAUCAUUUGCUUUAAAUGUUUAAAAAAAUACUUUUUAACAAAACAAGUGAAAACAAUGCCUUGCAAAUAUAACCUCUCUCUUUUUUUAAAUGCUAUUAAAAAACUGCUUUGUUGGAAGAAACUAGACCCAAUCAGAAAAGUGAAAAACUUUUGAAAGUGUCUCUACAAACAACAAUUCCACAAUUUUGGGGGAAAUAGUGUUUGGGUCUCUGGUUGAUUUCUUAGGCACUGUUUGCAGUCACAUUACAGGGAAUGUAGGUCUGGGAAAGAUACUUUCAGAGGAUAUUUAGCUUCUCUGCAGUCUGUAGAACAUAGACUUUUAAUCUCAGGGCUGUGGAUUUUGGCCCCAUGUCGUAGUUCCCUUCUAGCACAACAAUUCUGUGAUUCUAUGUGCAGUACUGCAUUUGCAUACUGAAGUCAGCUUUUAGAUGCCAUUGCAUUGGGUGGGGGGCAAAAAUAACAGAACCAGAAGUUUGUCCUUCGUGUAUAUUCUGGACGGUGCUACAUGCAGGAAAACUGCUUGGAUUGAUCAGGUCCACUAGACUCCGUAGAUGCAACUAUGGCCAAACCAAUUGAAUUUGCAGACCUCUGAACAUAAUAUAGUUGUGUUGCUCCUGAAUCCGGGUGUAAUUUUCCAAUCCAUCUCUGAGUGUGGGUACAAGUGCAGAGCCGUAGCUAAUACAGUGGUACCUGAGGUUACAAACACUUCGGGUUACAGACUCCGCUAACCCGGAAGUAGUACCUUGGGUUAAGAACUUUACCUCAGGAUGAGAACAGAAAUCGCGUGGCGGCAGCGAGAGGUCCCAUGAGCUAUAGUGGUACCUCAGAUUAAGAAUAGUUUCAGGUUAAGAAUGGACCUCCGGAACGAAUUCAGUUCGUAACCAGAGGUACCACCGUAACUGCUGCUGUGAAUGGAACAUACUACAGUAUGCAGCCUUUUGAGGAUGUGCAUAUCUAGAUAAAGGCCGUUUUCUGUUCUCUCUGCAGUGGUAGGUUAAUUGAGCAUUUUAAAGUUUGAUGGAAAGUGCCUAUUUUGAACAGGAUUAUAAUGAGGUAAAGGUAAAGGACCCCUGGACGGUUAAGUCCAGUCAAAAGCGACUAUGGGGUUGCGGCGCUCAUGUCGCUUUCAGGCUGAGGGAGCUGGCGCUUGUCCACAGACAGCUUUCCGGGUCAUGUAGCCAGCAUGACUAAACUGCUUCUGGCACAACGGGACACCGUGACAGAAACCAGAGCGAAUGGAAACGCCGUUUACCUUCCCGCCACAGUGGUACCUGUUUAUCUACUUGCACUGGCAUGCUUUCAGACUGCUAAGGCUGGGACCGAGCAACAGGAGCUCACCCCAUCACAGGGAUUUGAACUGCCAACCUUCCAAUUGGCAAGCCCAAGAGGCUCAGUGGUUUAGACCACAGCACCACCCGCUUCCCUAGGAUUAUAAUGAACACUUAAAGGAAGAAUGGAUUCUAAUGCUCCUGCGUCUUCGCUAAUUGCUGCUUUAGUUAUUUUAUACUUUUUGGGCAAAGGUUUUAUAAAGAUAACCAAUAACUUUCUACAUACAUACAUGUAUCCCAUCUGCACCAGUAAGCCUAUUUAUUAACCUGUUUUGCAACUUUCCCUUAAGUCUGUUAAUUGCGUUGUUGGGCUUUGUGAGUGAAGAAGCAGAUAUCAGUGGUAGAAUCCUGCAUUUUCAUAUUUCACAGUGGUUAAAAAUAAAGCCCAAAUCCUCAGUCUGGAAGACAGGCAGCUCAGCCAGUCAUGCCCCCUGCACUCGGAUAGACAGUCCAGUUGCUUCAGCAUAGCUCACUGUGUACAAAAGAAGAAAGAAAGUGUUCCCUAUUAGAUACUAUAUCAUAAGAAAAUAAUGGGUUCACAUUGGUGUCUAGGAACAGAAUGUUAAAUGCACUGUUUCAAGUGUAGUGUUGCGCACAAAUAUCUGUGGUCAUGUCAUGUCCCUGUUGAAUAAAUCUAAACCUAAUGUCAAAAUUUUGACACGAAGUCUAUGCUAUAUUGUUUCAGACAGUUAUGUGGCAGAAGACCAGGGUGUCCGAUCACAAAAUGGCUUUCAUGGCAGUAGUGGGAACUGCCGUUAUGAGCGGCAUGGUACCUUUUCAACACCAUAGUGAAGAUCCUGAGGUAAGUUUCUAAUUAUCUAUAUCUUUCCCCCACCUGUUAUUUCAUCAGUUCAACCAGCAUGAGUUCUUCACUUUUUAAAUAAGGAUAUAAAAUCGAGCACUGUGCUUAUAUUUUGGGUUGCUAUUGUGCUAAAUUCCAUUCCUUUCCAUCUGCAUAUGUUUUGUUUCAACAACAAAAAACACGCUUAAUUUUUAAAUUUCUUUUCUCAGUAAGGUGUAGUUGAUAUCUAAAGAACUUUUUAUGCUUGGACCAUCAAUGGGUAUAUCAUAGGAAUGGAUUUGGAGUUUACCUGUUUGUCACUGGUUCACACAGUGAAUUUCUAGCAUCACAUUAAAGGGGAACAAAGUUUGCACUUCUUAGGCUAUAAUCCUAACUAGAUUUCCAUGACAGUACAGGGGUACCUCGGUUUUUGAACGUCUCCGUUGACAAACAUUUCGGUUUUCGAACGCUGUAAACCUGGAAGUAAAUGCUUCGGUUUUUGAACGCGCCUCAGAAGUCGAACAUGCCACGCGAUUUCCGCUGAGUGCAAGAUCCUGAGGCCUAGCUGUCGGCUAUUGAGUUUUCGGUUUUUGAACGUUUCAGAACUCGAAUGGACUUCCGGAACGGAUUACAUUCGAAAACCAAGGUGCCACUGUACAGUCACAUGAAAUCAAUAUGGCUACCUUCCAAGUAACUGUAAUUAGGAAUGAGGUAAAGAUAUUGUUCCUAUAAAAAGGAUGUAAAAAUACUUAAGUGCUGCACAUGCAGUGCUUUUGUGAUUCUGAUUGGCUUGCGGUUGGUUUGCUCUGUAUCUUUUAAGGUUUCUUCAUUGCUUCUUUUUAACAUUAGUGGAGGUGGGUGAGAUCUCUCUCACCUGCCUUGGAUUAGCUUGGAAAUUAUCCGAGUCCCUCCCUCCCGAGUCCCUCCCUCCCUCAGUUGAGAAGAACUUGAUUAUUUCCUGAAUUAUCUUAGCAGGGCUGUUCUUCAAAACAUCCCAUUACGCAGAGCAGUGGAAAAAUUGCUGGGGGGGGGGCAAAAGAACAUUUCUGUAGAAGGCCCUUAGGACAAGAAGAUCUACUGUGGGGGCUUCGAGCCUCCAGCAGCUUUUCAAAUUCAGGCUUAACUCCAGAAAUCUACCCUAGUUCAGAAUUAAAUCUCAGUUGGAGAUGAAUUCAUGGUUAACUUCAAUGUCUGGUAAGUGCUGACCAGGGGAGUGAGAACCACCUGGUGAGGUUAUGAAUGACAUCUAGGGUUACCCGGUGACCUUCAAACCUGGAUGAGAUUUGAACUUGGCUUUUCAACAUCCAAAUUUAGUGCUCUGUCGACAGCCUCACACUAACUCUUGAUCUCAUUCAUCGUCAUCUGCCUUGAUUUAAUUUCAAGGAAAGUGAAGCAGGAGACUUCUAAAUGCCAUGAAAAUCUGGAGUCAUUUCUUCUUUCUGAUCCGAACCUUCUAGUUUUUGUGAACUGAUUGUCAUGGGAAACAGUGGUUUUUAAUGGCCAGUUUAAUUGCAAUUCUAGGUGUUUCUCAGCGGCUUUCUUCCAAAGCCCAGUUCAGAUGGUUGUUUGACAAGUCAUUCAAGUGCAGAAAGGAGCUUCAUCUUUGUAAACAAUCGACCAGUGCAUCAGAAGGAAAUUCUAAAGGUACGGUUUUUCUCAGCUCCUUGUCCCAGCAGAUUAUAAAAUAUUUGCCAGGUUCCAAAGAGCUGCAUUAGCUGCACACAGUGGCUAGGUUGCCCCAGCAGGGUUUUUAAUUUUGUCAAGCAGGCCACAUCAUUUGAAAUUCCCUUCAGUUUCAGAGUUGGUUAGUAUGAGAUAGAGAUGGCAAUGCCAAAUCCCACUCUAAAUGUAAAGGACCCCUGGCAGUUAAGUCUAGUCGUGAACGACUUUGAGGUUGCGGCGCUCAUCUCGCUUUACUGGCUGUGGGAGCCGACAUUUGUCCGCAGACAGUUUUUUGGGUCAUGUGGCCAGCAUGACUAAGCCGCUUCUGGCGAAACCAGAGCAGUGCACGGAAAUGCCGUUUACCUUCCCGCCGGAGCGGUACCUGUUUAUCUACUUGCACUUUGACGUGCUUUCAAACUGCUAGGUUGGGAGGAGCUGCGACUGAGCAAUGGGAGCUCACCCCGUCGCAGGGAUUUGAACCGCCGACCUUCUCAUUGGCAAGCCCAAGGCUCAGUGGUUUAAACCACAGCACCACCGCGUCCCAGUUUGUGUAAUUAGUUGCAUGGCUCUUUGGAUCCUGGCCAUGAAUUUUUUCUUUUAUAUAUCAUAAAAUUGAGAGACAUGCAAUCAUUCUUAAUAAGAUAACGGUAAAGGACCCCUGGACGGUUAAGUCCAGUCAAAGGUGACUAUGGGGUUGUGGCGCUCAUCUCACUUUCAGGCCAAGGGAGCUGGCGUUUGUCCACAGACAGCUUUCUGGGUCAUGUGGCCAGCAGGACUAAACCGCUUCUGGUGCAACAGAACACCAUGACGGAAACCAGAGUGCACGGAAACGCCAUUUACCUUCCCGCCACACCAGUACUUAUUUAUCUACUUGCACUGGUGUGCUUUCGAACUGCUAGGUUGGCAGGAGCAGGGACCGAGCAACGGGAGCUCACCCUGUUGCAGGGAUUCGAACCGUUGACCUUCUGAUCGGCAAGCCCAAGAGACUACUGAUGGACAAUUAAUUAGUGCAUUAGUUAACUCUUGUAAGUGUAGAAUAGUAAUGAGCCAAUUUUAUUGACUCUCACAUCCAUUUACAAUGCUUAAUGAAAAAUUGUAGGUCAAUACCUACAUUUCAAUAUUUCUGGUAAUAACAUUUCAACAUUUCUGGUAACAAGGUUUUUUACAAAAAUUUCACAACUCUUUGAAAGCUAAUUCCUUCCUAUUAAUGGGGGACUCCCCGCAAGAUGUUAUAGAAAAAUUCAUGCGCUGCAUGCACAUAAAAUGUUGCUACUUGCACACAUAGAAGAUAAGUAUAUAUCAUAUUAAAGUUUUGUAUUGCAUUCAUUUCUAAUUGGAAAGUACAUUUUAAAUGCUAUUCUUUUUGGUUUUAGCUGGUUCAACAAUACUAUAACCUGAAGUCACACAAGGAUUCUAAUCGUUCACACCCUGUUUUCUUUAUCAACAUUGCUGUUCCUCCAUCUGCUGUGGAUGUCAAUUUAACACCAGAUAAAUCUCAAGUGUUUCUGCAUAAUAAGGUACAGCAUGUCCAUUUAGAUAUAAAUGAGCAGUCUAAUAAUGUUGUUUUGCUACAAUUACAGUUAAAAAUGUGUUUAGAUUUUUUAAAAAUAAUAAUGCUUCUAUGCAUAACUUUAGGUUUAAAAAUAAGCUGAGCAGAAUCUAUUUUCAAUUGACUUAAUUAUGCUGUAGCUAGCUAGCGUAAGUUAUUUAUCACAAUAAUGUACUUACCAUUUUUCUGCUUUAGGAGUCUGUCUGUCUUGCUGUUGAAAAUGUCUUGACCUCACUCUAUGGACCUCUACCUGGGACUGCUUCUUGUGAAACUGAUUCGUCAGGAGACAUCUUUGUUAAUGAAGCAGAACAAAUGAAUGUGUCUGUAAAUGAAGCUGAACCCAGGAAUAUCGAUUCACAUGCAUGCACUCAAUUGAUUUCAUUGAGCAAUGCACAAAAUAGUGGAAUGGACAAACCCACAGAGGUUUGUUUGGAGAAUCAAAUGUUGUAUAAUAAUUCAGCUGUAGGAUUUUCUACCAAAAAUGAGCUAUCUGGCUGCGAGACAGCUGUGUCUGAUGGAUUUUUGUGUGAGCACCAACAGAAUAAGUCUAAGGUGAUAUUUAACCUAGAUGGCAAUCCCUUAACAGACACAAAUUCUAAAAAUGGCCUUGAUGAUGAUUUGAGAAAUGACCAUUUCCAGGAAGCAAUAGAGAGAACCACAACCCUGAAAGCUUCUUCUGAAGUAACUGCUGAUAAAUGGAGUUUGGGGAAUGCAUUUAAGAAUACCAGAGGAGAGAACAUUGAACCUGUUCGGAUUUUGAUUCCUGAAAUGGAGCGUGUCAGGCCUCAAGAGAGAAUAAAUGAUGAUGGCCAACAAACAUUUCAAGAGGGAAGUAGCAUUCAAAGUCUGAAAAAAACAAACGUGGUAAAUGAUAAACUGGGACAGAUUACAGCCUAUGACAUAAUAAAAAAUCGGAUAAUAAAGAAAGCCAUGUCAGCAUUUGACUUUUUUAUUCAAGACCAUCGCCCACGAUUGUUAGCUGAAAAUACCAAAGUGAGCAUGGAAGAACUAAUGCUGAAAUUGGAAGAAAUGUGGGAAACACUGAAUGAAGAAGAGAAAAAGAAGUAAGUUUGCAAACUUCACAUCUGCUCACUAAAACUGGACAGUAGUUUCCAUCCUGUGUGUGACUCAUGUUCAAAAACAAGUUUUAUCCAUAUUACCGGUAAUUUCAAAACCAGAAUGGAAAAUGCUUUUGGCUUGAUAAUUGUAAUAUCUUGCAUAGAUAAUUUAAUUCUAAUUAUCUACUGCUUGCUGAUUUAUAACCUUAGAUGUUGCUGCCUCUGCCCCCCGGUUUUCCAUUAAACAUUGGCUCAUAAAUUCCCAUAAUCUUGUAUGCAGUGCAUAUAGUUUGUAUAUCAUAUUUUGCAUUUGGCGUUAAUACUUUCCGGAUUAGUAGCAGUAAACAAUACAAACAUAAGAUCUGUAAAGUAAUGUGUUGAUAAGCACUACUACAAACAGAACUGGCUGCUGAACAUUGGGGUACUUAUAAGAGACAAGAUAUUAACUAAGAUGAUAAAAUAGCGUGCGAGAAUGACAUUUAUUUUUCUUCCAACAAUUAAUUUUGAGAGAAAACAUAUUUUAUAGGUGGAUAUAUAAUGACUCUGACUGAAACAUUGCUAGUUUUUCAUAUGUUCCUUCUCUUCCCCCUUCUUCCCCUCUUUGUUAAGAUAUGAAGAAAAGGCUGAAAGAGACUUGGAGCGAUACAACAAGCAGAGCAGAAAAGCUGCGGAUCAGAGUAUACAAAGAUCAACAAGGGAGAGAGAGAGAAAACAUAAGUCCAAACUUAAAGACUGUCUAAUUAAUCAACAGAAACUUGAUAAACUUUUUCAUUCUCAAAUGGAGGAGAAACCAAAUAGUUGCAAAGCAAUAAAAAUUGUUCAAGUGCCCUUCUCUAUGGAUUCAUUCAGACAUAAACUUCAUGUGCUUAAUCAGAAAGAGACUGUUAAGGAUGAUCCUUGCCUAAUUCGUCUUCCGAAUUUUCCUGAUGCGUGGAUAAUUGCCUCUGAGAAAAAGAUAAUGAUGUUGAAUCCGUACAGAGUAGAAGAAGCCCUUCUGUUUAAAAAACUGCUUGAAAACCAUAAACUUCCUAUACAGAAACUGGACAACCCGAUUAUAUUAACUGAUAGGUAAGGCGAAAGCCAUUUCAAAAGCAGAUCAUAUAAAGGGCCACAAGCAAAUGAUUCAUUUUAUUUUAUAUUUUACAACAGUGUAAUAAAAGUGAUUCCACCUUCCUGCAUUCUCUCCCAAAUCCAGUAUAGACCCAGCUUAUAUAGUUACAAACUAACAGAGAUCCUAAGAUCUCCAGCUUCAUUUUGCUUGUUCUAAAUGUGCCUGUGGCCUAUUUUGGACAUUACAUUCCAAGCUUCCCAAACCGUGGUUUUAUUAAACUCAAAAUGCGCCUCAGGCCUGCUCACCAGCUUCUACACUGCCAGCCUGGUCUCUUCCCCGUUAUGUCUGAAAUAGGAAACCGUUGUUUAAUACCGUUUCCCUCAUCAGGGUCCUUAGUCCAUGGCUUGACCCUGGUUGGUAAAUUGACAGCAAACCAUGGUUCUGUGUUUCAGACACAAUAGGAAUCAAUGUUGAAGCCAGAAAAUAACAGACGGCAGGGUACUGGACGUUAAAGCUUGACAUUACAGCUGAAUUGGCCCUAUGAUUGUCGUAUGCAUUGAGGUAUAAUUAUAUUCCAGUAUCAAACAAAUUCAGUUAAGGAGAUUUGAUAAGUAUAAGUUAUGUAUAGAUACCGACAGAGACUACUGGUUCAGACAGCCAGUACAAGACGCAUGUAGUCCAAGAGUUAGACCAGAUUUUAUUUACCCUUGAAUGCCAAAAGCGCCCUGGUGAUUUUUGAAAGCCUACUACCUAUACAAACAAAAUAUGGCAGUCUUAGUAAAUAUCAGUGGUGGGGGUAUGAAAUAUGACAUCAUCAAUAUGGCCACCAUUUUGUGAAUCACCUUUUAGCUGUGCUGUGCUUUCUCCAAGAAAAGGCUUGGUCGCCAUAAUGUUUUGACUGAGUAGAGGGAACAAGGAAACCUUUGCUUUCCUUGCUUUCUCUGGCAUUGUCUGUUCUUGUCUUAAGUUGAGAGGGGAAAGAGCAGGAAACACUGGAUGCCAGAGAGAAAAGAACUGUGCAGUUACUUCCUUUGUUCCUGUGGGCCUUUGUUCUUCGGCCCAACUAUAUGUGACGGCAUUUAAAUAUCUUUAAUAUUAGGGGGGUGAUUUCUAGCAGGAUUUCUGCAUGCGGGGAAGGGAGGUUUCAUCCUUCUCUCCUCAGCUGUGAUCCCAAUGGGAAAGCCCCACUUGUGCUUCAGUUGGCAAAAAUAAAAGUAUCUUGAUGGUUUUCCCUACAUCACUUAACUAGAAGAAUUAAGAUUGCAACUGCAAUGAUUUAAAAUGGACAGCAGCUACUGUGGCUCUCUCCUUGUGGGGUAACACAGGACAAUGGAUAGCUGGGAAGAUGUAUUCUAACAGUGUAUAUGUUUUUGUAGUUGCUGUCUGAGCUGGCAUCCUCAGAAAUACAGUGGUACCUCAGGUUACAUACGUUUCAGGUUACAGACUCCGCUAACCCAGAAAUAGUACCUCGGGUUAAGAACUUUGCUUCAGUAUGAGAACAGAAAUCGUGCUCUGGCGGCGCGGCAGCAGCAGGAGGCCCCAUUAGCUAAAGUGGUGCUUCAGGUUAAGAACAGUUUCAGGUUAAGAACGGACCUCCGGAACGAAUUAAGUACUUAACUCGAGGUACCACUGUAAAGCAGUUCUAAAAUUUCAUUGGCGUGAGCUUUGAUUGUGGGACACUAUUAAAAUUUGAUUCUGUCUCAUAAAAGUGAUUAAUGAUUGAUUUUCAGUCUUUUUAGUGACUCGCGUUAUAAAGAAGUUCUUUGCAAUAUGCCCAAGGAAAGCAUAAGAUUUGAUGGGUCAUCCUACUUGUCGGAUACAAGACUUACAGCAAACGGAUUUAAGAUAAAGAUAAUACCAGGUAUGGUGUGGCUUCAUAUUUUGAUUUAAUUCAGCUCCUGUAGUUCUCAUUACUUGCUUGCCUCCUUUUCAUAGUACUGUAUAUAACAAUACUUGUGUUUCAUUACCACAUUUGUGUCUAGAAAAAAACAGCCCCUAUUAUCCACUAUGGGCCCCUCCAGACUUCCCUUUUACUGAGCAUUCAUUAUGUUUUUUUUGCUUAUAAUGUAAUAUGCAACCAGUUGUACCCGCAGAUGUUUUGGGCUUGUCGUAGUCCUUCGUUUGCAAUCAGUGCAUGUCCUGUUGCUUCCUGUGAAAAUCCUGUAACGUUUCAUACCACAAAUGUUCUGCCCUGAGCUCAGUUUUAAAGAGGAAGAAUGGACUCUCUCUCUUGAAAAGGACAUACGAAUUGGUGCCGCCUCAUAGCUUGACCAAUCACAGCUCGCAAGCAGCUCGUAGAUAAUUCAAAUCAUAGAUUUAAAAAAAAUAGUGUAGACUCACAUACCAGCCAGCUUCCAUUUUGACUUGAAAUGCUCAUUUUGGGCUUCUCUGAUGUACAUAAAGACAAGAAGCGAGCAGGGGGAGCGCUGGCCUGCAAUGACAAAAAUUAGAGAGGUACUGGAACUAUGCUCUGGCUGAGAAUAAGCACUGAUUUUAAUAAUAAUAAUAAUAAUAAUUUUUAUUUAUACCCCACCCUCACCAGCCAAGGCCGGGCUCAGGGCGGCUAACAAGCAAUAAUAAAAACAAGUUGAAUGAAUACAACUUAAAAACAAGAUUAAAAUACAACAUUGAAAUAUUGAAAAAUUAAAAUAUUAAAAUGUACUUAAUAUUUAAGUACUUAAUAUUGAUUGGAUUAUUUCCACUGUUCACAGUGGUACGCAUAGCAUGAAGCAGAGUCUUCAAAUGUUUGCAAGGACUUGAAUAAAUAAACCAGCAGGUCUCUUGGGUGACUGACCAGCAACCCUUGCCCUGCUCAUCUUCAUUCACUCAAAAUCAUUUAAUUUCUCAGGGUUGUAUUCUAUACUAUUCCUACUCAGAGUAGACCCAUUGAAAUUAAUGUGUGACUAAUUUAGAACCAUUAAUUCCAGUGGUUCUACUCUGAAAAGGGCUAGCAUUGACUACAACCCUCAUUUUCCAUGAAAUUUUGCUGGCCUCCUUUUUAAAUUCAUCUCUGUAAUCCUGCGGAUUAGAGAAUAGGGAGAAAAGAAGGUGUCAUGCAGUAUGAAGGAGCUUAGCACAUAAUUCAUGCUCUCAUUUAGAUGUUCAGAGAAUAUAAUGUUACGUUCCCAAUGGUACAAAUGUGUUGACAUAUUUUGCUAGUCUCUAAUAAGUAAGGCCCACAUAGGCCAUGUGUGAUUAGUUUCCUGUGUAAAAACUUCCUUGCUUGUGAAUAAAAGUAAUUUCUGUUUGUUUACACAUUUCAAGCUUUUUUCUUAAUAAUAAUAAUAAUAAUUCUAUUAUUUAUAUCCCACCCAUCUGGCUGGGUUGCCCCAGACACCUUGGGUAGCUUUCAACACAUAAUAAAACAUGAAACAUAUAAAACUUCUUGAUACAGGGCUGUCUUCAGGUGUCUUCUAAAAUUUGUGUAGUUUUUUUUUAAUCACCUUGAUAUCUGAUGGGAGGGCAGUCCACAGGGAGGGCGCCCCUGUCAAGAAUGCCCUCUGCCUGGUUCCCACUAAGUUCACUUCUCACAGUGAGGGAACCGUCAGGAGGUCCUCAGAGCUGGACCUCAGUGUCUGGGCCGAAUGAUGGGCGUGGAGACGCUCCUUCAGGUAUACGGGUAUUUCUUACCUCACAAAGUCAAGAAAUGGAUUGUACCACUCAUAGAAUUGUAGAGUUUGAAGGUACCCCAAGGUUCAUCUAACCCAGGCAUGGCUAAACUUGGCCCUCCAGCUGUUUUGGGACUACAAUUUGCACCAUCCCUGACCACUGGUCCUGUUAGCUAGGGAUGAUGGGAGUUGUAGUCCCAAAACAGCUGGAGGGCCAAGUUUGGCCAUGCCUGAUCUAACCCAACCUCCUGCUAUUCAGGUAUCUCAACUAGAGCAUCCAGGACAGAUGGCCAUCCAACCUCUGCUUAAAAAUCUCCAAUGAAGGAGAGACCACCACCUUCCAUGACAGUCCGUUCCACUAUUGAACCGCUCUUACCCUCACUGCUGUACAAUAAUAUUCAGUUCCUCUCAUCUUAGUAUGGUUUUGCCUAGACUGCUAAACUGGUGAAAGAGUAGCAUUGUCCAGAGUGCAGGCCGGAUAUUGUCACAGCCAGGCCUUUGGGCUGUCCUGCUCUUACACCAGGCAUGCUGAAGACCUUCUGCUUGUGCCUCAGAUUAGCCACUCAUGUUUUAACAGCCACUCAUUGUUUUAACAGCUAAAGUACAAAUAAGAUGUUUCGGUCAGUAUUGUGGGGAAGUGAGCUUUAAUUGCAAUAUGAUGCCAAGCUGGUAAUUCGCUAGGUCCAAACAAAGAUUUGCUGUGAGUUUUGAGAAACGCUAUAGCUUCAUGUGUUACCAUUUCAGCCUUGUAUGUAGAGGACUGCUGACAGAUCUGCCGUAACAUAUGGGCAUCUCAAAGGAUAGGUCUUUAAAAAGAAAAAGGGCGGGGGAAAGAUAGAACCUUGGAACAGUGUCUUGAUGAAAAACCAAUUCCCUUCAAGAAGAGUGUUUUCCUUUCUUAACCAUCCACAAGUCUGGUGAAUGCAGGCUGAUUUUAAAUUCAGUUUAUAAAUAAGUCUCCAAUUAGCAUAUUCUGUAAUCCCAACUACAUGUAUUGCUGUAGAAACACAGUUUGUGUUUGAUUUAAAACUCUUUAGCUUGACUUCCCAAAUGUCUAUCCCUGCAUCAAAGUUUAUAGUUUCUGAUCAAUACUCUCUUGUACUUCUGGGGAGCGGAACCUAUUUUUGGGUGCCAAGAUUAAUACCCAGAAAAACAGGAUAUGGUAUAGAGCACAAUUUAUCUACUGGCGCUUGUCUCACUCCAAGGGGGGAAAUUAUGUUAAUGUAUAUGCAGUUUUAGGGAGGCGGGUGGCGCUGUGGGUUAAACCACAGAGCCUAGGACUUGCCGAUCAGAAGGUCGGCGGUUCGAUUCCCCGCGACGGGGUGAGCUCCCGUUGCUCGGUCCCUGCUCCUGCCAACCUAGCAGUUCAAAAGCGCGUCAAAGUGCAAGUAGAUAAAUAGGUACUGCUCUGGCGGGAAGGUAAACGGCGUUUCCAUGCGCUGCUCUGGUUCUCCAGAAGCGGCUUAGUCAUGCUGGUCACAUGACUCAGAAGCUGUAUGCCGGCUCCCUCGGCCAAUAAAGCGAGAUGAGCGCUGCAACCCCAGAGUCGGCCACGACUGGACCUAAUGGUCAGGGGUCCUUUACCUAUAUGGAAUUUUGUUAAAUGCUAUAUAACAACAACAAUAAAGAACAGUGCCUGCUCAAAAGCAAAACCUAUUAAGUUCAGUUUGUCUUACUGCCAGGUAAGUAGGUAUAGGAUUACAGCUUUAAUAACUGUAGAAUCCUUCCUCCUGAUGAGGAAGCUGUAAGGUGGAAAGGCGGUUCUUUCUUGUUUGUUUUUUGCUGUGCCAGCUCCAGACAGAUCAGUGGGUGACCCAACUCCCGUAAUCUCCCCGACUGCCAUAAUACUCUUUUUGGGGUAAUCCGGCACAAGUAGGGUUGCCUCCACUUCACUCAUCUGUAGCUGGAGACUUUCCCAUGGUGGAAGUCAGUGGACAGGGGUGUCUCCUGACUGCUACCCUCUCAGAAGUGCUGAUCGGAGGAUGAGAUAUAAUUCAGGUUUUACUAUGUACACACUGAUCCAGACUACUUUGCUCCCCUGCCAGCACGUGAGAAAAACAAAACUGUGACCUUUGGCUUAGAUGUCUAGACUUGGGGGACCAUUGUACGUUUUGCUCCAAAUAAGAGAAUCAUAGAAUUGUAGUUGGAAGGGGUCACAUCUAGUCCAAGCCCCCACAAAGGAAUCUUUCUCCCAAUCUGAGGCUCGAACCCACGUCCCUGGGAUUAAGAGUCUCAUGUUCUACCAUUUGAACUAUAAGCUACAAUAUGUAGCCAAGUAGUGCCGGUGAAGGGGAGGGGAUUCUCCUCCCCACACCUACCAUUUCCCCAAUCUGCAGAACUCUUUUUAGCUCUUCGCUGGAUAAAUUAGUACAGUGGUAAAAAAGGUAAAGGUACCCCUGCCCGUACGGGCCAGUCGUGUCCGACUCUAGGGUUGCGCGCUCAUCUCGCUCAAGAGGCCGGGAGCCAGCGCUGUCCGGAGACACUUCCAGGUCACGUGGCCAGCGUGACUAAGUGGCAUCUGACGAGCCAGCACCAGCGCAGCACACGGAAACGCCGUUUACCUUCCCACUAUAAAGCGGUACCUAUUUAUCUACCUGCACUUAGGGGUGCUUUCGAACUGCUAGGUGGGCAGGAGCUGGGCCCGAACGACAGGAGCUCACCCCGCCGCGGGGAUUCGAACUGCCGACCUUGCGAUCAGCAAGUCCUAGGCACUGAGGUUUUACCUACAGCGCCACCCGCAUCCCAGUACAGUGGCACCUCAGGUUAAGAACUUAAUUCGUUCUGGAGGUCCGUUCUUAACCUGAAACUGUUCUUAACCUGAAGCACCACUUUAGCUUAUGGGGCCUCCCACUGUACCGUGCUGCUGCCGCGCAAUUUCUGUUUUCAUCCUGAAGCAAAGUUCUUAACCUGAGGUACUGUUUCUGGGUUAGCGGAGUCUGUAACCUGAAGCAUAUGUAACUUGAGGUACCACUGUAUAGAUUUUCCUGCUUUGCAGUUGUGUACAUUGGGUCAAGCUUGUCAUUCUGUUGCCUGGUUGCUACCUCCCUGUUCAUCCCAGAUGUUAUUGAUCGUAUCAGCCUUAGUAUAAAUAAUUGUGGGGAUCCCAACAGCUUUAUUCUCUCCAUUAUGAAAACUAUCUUUUUGCUCUACCCUAUGUGAUUCCUAUCUAUCUAUCUAUCUAUCUAUCUAUCUAUCUAUCUAUCUAUCUACACACACACUUGUAAAAGGACUGGCAUUAAGAGAUUGAAGGUUUAAUUGUGAUCUGAACUUAGCACAGGAUCUGGAAGGUUAAUAAAGUUCAGUACUUGAGCAUUUUGAGAAUUAGGGAAGUUUUUAGAUAAAAUGUAUUCAUGUAUUUUACACAUUUUAGACUGCAGAACUGUACAAGCUGUCAAAUGUUGAAGGUGUGGUUGGGAUUUGGCAGACUUUAGGCUUAUAUGGUAGAUGUGUUAGGUUUUUAAAAAAAUGAUAAUUGGGACCAUUUUGAACAUAAUGGGAUUUAUGUUACCUUGAGAACCUAUGGCUCUUUUAUUAGAGAGGUUGGCAAAUAAAUAAAGCAAAAACGAAACCCAUGUUGUUAGCAGAUUAGACUUUAAAGACCAAAGUCGGGAGGGGGGAAUUUUCAAAAUAGGCAUCAAGCAUUCUACAGAAAAGAGCUAGGUUAGACCAUAUGAAAUUAUUCUAACAUCAUUUCUCUCUCUCUCUCUCUCUCUCUCUCUCUCUCACACACACACACACACACACACACACACACACAGUGGUACCUCAGGUUACAUACGCUUCAGGUUAUAGACUUCGCUAACCCAGAAAUAUUACCUCAGGUUAAGAACUCUGCUUCAGGAGCAGCGCAGCAGCAGCAGGAGGCCCCAUUAGCUAAAGUGGUGCUUCAGGUUAAGAACAGUUUCAGGUUAAGAAUGGACCUUCAGAACGAAUUAAGUAGUUAACCCGAGGUACCACUGUAUAGAAUUAAAGCUUUGUUUCAAACAUUGAAAUACUAACAAAAAUUUAAAUAAGCAUUUAGCCAAUGCUUUCCAAAGUUGAACUUGAAUAAACUGAAGCACACUCACCGUGCAAGUAACUAAUAAUGAAAUAUUUUAAGUUGUGUUCUUCAUUUUAAGAAAAUUAAAAAUGUGUAGCUCUGGGGAUCUAUAAUUGCAACUUUACAGCACAGUUUGUGCUGUAUGCAUGUUUAUGCAUGUUUACUCAAAAGUAAGUCCCGAUGAGCUUAGCCCCCAGCGUGUCUAGGAUUGCAACAACAAUUUUUAAUGUGAAUAUUUUGUUGUGUAAAUCAAAACAGUAUUUAAAACACACUCGGUAACUCCAGGUAUCAUUGUGUUCAGUUUAUUCAUUUGUUUACUAUUUGGUGUUUCAGCUAUGGGAAAUCAGCUGGAAAUAGAAGGAAUGGCAAACUGUCUGCCGUACUAUGGGAUACCUGAUCUGAAAGAAAUUCUGAGUGCUGUGGUAGAUUGCAAUGCAAAAGAAGUUCAUGAGUGUCGACCUCUUAAAGUCAUGAACUACCUGGAGGUAAGUAUUGCUUUAUGGUUUGCAAGCUCUUCUUUAGCAUGCUGCUUUUAAUGCCACUGUCCUAUCAAAAGAUACAGCUUGAUGCUUAAAUAUAAAGCAUUGCUACCUAAAAGGAGAAAUUAAUACCAGACGCAAUCACAAUACAGAUCAGGCCUGGAUGACUGUUAUUUGCAUUACAAUAAAAGGUUCCAUUGGCACAAAUGGGUGCCCUUCUUCCAAUGCAGGUAGCAGAUUUGGGUUUCCUGAUCUGGAACACACAAGCGGUCACAGUGUUUAAAGCUCUACUCCUGUGCCCCAGUCCAGAUCGCUUUCCUCCACCACCCAUCUGGUGGUUGUCGUUUAGUCGUGUCCGACUCUUCGUGACCCCCAUGGACCAGAGCACGCCAGGCACUCCUGUCUUCCACUGCCUCCCGCAGUUUGGCAAGCUCCUGCUGGUAGCUUCGAGAACACUGUCCAACCAUCUCGUCCUCAGUCAUCCCCUUCUCCUUGUGCCCUCCAUCUUUCCCAACAUCAGGGUCUUUUCCUGGGAGUCUUCUCUUCUCAUGAGGUGGCCAAAGUAUUGGAGCCUCAGCUUCAGGAUCUGUCCUUCCAGUGAGCACUCAGGGCUGAUUUCCUUCAGAAUGGAGAGGUUUGAUCUUCUUGCAGUCCAUGGGACUCUCAAGAGUCUCCUCCAGCACCAUAAUUCAAAAGCAUCAAUUCUUCGGCGAUCAGCCUUCUUUAUGGUCCAGCUCUCACUUCCAUACAUCACUACUGGGAAAACCCAUCUGGUAUCAACUUCUAAAAAGCUAUUCAUGUAGUUGCUAAGCCAGGAGUGCCCAAACUGUGGUCUGCAAAAUGUCUGGAUUUGUGGUGGAAGAUGGAAGAUGGCCCAUCAGAUACCCAUAUAGAUUUUAAAACUGUGUUUUUAAUGGCCAUUUUUAUUUAUUAUAUAUUGCAUUUUAUUGUUUUACAGUUUGAAUCCUGUGGAAUUGAAACAGUAAAAUGCAACACAUAAGAAAUGAAGCAACAAAAAUAUAGUUAGAAAUCACACGGCCUCUAAAAUAGAGCAUUGCAAGCAGAAAAUUUUUUGAGUGGUCCAUCGAGACACUCAGCAAUUUUCAAGUGUUCUGUGGAGGAGAAAGUUUGGAGCCACUGCCCUGAGCCAUUUGAGUCUCCAGAAUGUGGAAUAUAUGAGCUAAAGGAAGGGAGGAGAGUGAAGAAAGGUCCCUUUCUUAAUUUGAGCCAGCCCAUGUAUCAAAUUCCAUUCCUUCCUCUUUCCUUCAAUGGCAACUUCUGAGUAGAAUAAUUUAGCUGCAGUAUAUCUGUAGGUCACCUAUCCAAAUCUGUACUUCAAUUUAUGGCAGGAUCUUUUCCACACAGAAGAGUAACCUACUUACACAUUGGGAUUUGGGAAACUGGACUGCAGGGCAAAUUUGUUCUAAAGUAAGCCUCACUGAGCUUGUUUCUGAAUAACAGCCUGAUCUUAUUUCCGCAGCAAAAAGGGGAAAAAAGAAUAUGGUUAAGAAUGAGCCACUCCUUAAGCCCUUCUUAUGAUGGUUAACUGUUGCUUGGGAGCUGCCCCACAUUUUGUUUGCAAAAUUUCUUCUUUCAUAGAUUAGAUUUGGGAAAAACCAAAGAUACCUAAUUCAGUUGCUUGGCCAAAGAAGAUUGGAAUAUGAUUUUCUAUGAAAAAGUAUAGUAGUAAAAAAUGUUCAAUGGAGAAGUUUGCACCCUAUAUAAUUUAUUGGAUUUUAUUGUAGCCUCAGGUUAAUGUCUAAAUGUAAACAUUUUUGUUCCCAUAGGGAGAAGCAGUAAGACUGUGUCGGCAGCUACCUUUGUAUAUAUCCAAGGAAGAUGUACAAGACACUAUCCACAAAAUGGAGACACAACUUGGAAAUCAACAUAAAGGCUGUGUUCAUGGUCGUCCAUUUCUUCAUUAUUUAACAAAUAUUCCAGAGUAGCAAGGAAAAUCCUCGUCCUGCAGUCACAUUUCACAUGAUUACAAACAAAACACUCCUUUUUUUUUUGCAUAAUUUAUUAAGAAAUUAUUUGUAACUGUCUUGUGUUUUGAUCUCUAUGAAGUGGAAGAUUGCUAUUUUUUAAAAUGAACAUGAGCAUUGAAUUAAUGGUAUUGAAAUGUGUUUUCAACAAUUCACUGUUUCUAAGAAAAUAUACUGAAGGACAAUCCACGUUCUGAAAGUGUAAGAUCAGCAGAUGGAAAUAGUUUUCCAAAUUAACUAUUUUUACAUUAUUUUUCUACUGGACAAGUUUGUAGUUCAUAAUAAAAAAGUACAAAAGAAGACCGCUCACAGCAAGAAGAAAAUGGAAUAUAAUGUUUAAUGUUCAUUUGUCUCCACUAAACUAAAUGGAUACUCAGGGUUGAAGUGUAUGGCUCUAGGCAGUUGAAGAGAAGACAAAGAUUAAACACGGUUACAAAUUUAGAGGUUGAUGGAAAAAACAUUCAGAAUCCAGUGGAUAUUAGAAAGUGUUUCCAGAGAUAUUUUAAAAAAUUAUACACCCAAGGGCCGCAAGACGAAGUUGAGAUUAAACAAUUUUUUGCCAAAAAUGGACUAUCUAAAUUGUCACAAGAAAACAGGACAAUCCUGAACUCUAAAAUAACACGACAGGAGAUUGAACAAGCUAUUCAGAACAUGCAACUUGGCAAAUCUCCAGGGCCAGAUGGGCUGACCUCCAAGUAUUAUAAGACAUUAAAAGACUAUUUGAUACAACCCUUGAUGGAGGUCAGCAAUGAAAUUAUCGAGGGGAAGAGGGCACCGGAUUCUGUGGAAGGAAGCGUUCAUCACAUUAAUACCAAAGUCAGAAGCUGAAAAGACACAACUGAAGAACUACCGUCCCAUCUCUCUUUUAAAUGUGGAUUACAAAAUAUUUGCAGACAUUUUGGCAAGUAGAUUUAAAAAGUAUUAAAUGAAGUAAUUCAUAAGGACCAGGCCGGUUUUCUCCCAGGUAGACAUCUGUUUGCUAACACAAGGAACAUUAUUGACAUCUUGGAACUUCUGCAAACAGAUAUAAAUACAAAAGCAGUUUUAAUUUUUAUAGAUGCGGAGAAGGCCUUUGACAAUAUUUCCUGGAAAUUUAUGAUGGGAAAUUUAAAAGAGAUGGGAGUGGGACGGGGUUUUGAGAAUGGGAUUGAGGCGAUAUAUUCAGAACAGAAAGCUAAACUGAUAGUUAAUAAUGUGGUUACAGAAGAGUUUAAAAUUGAAAAAGGGACACGACAAGGUUGCCCUAUUUCCCCUUUGUUAUUUAUUUCGGUUCUGGAAGUGCUACUGAACAUGAUUAGAGGGGAUCGGUUGGUGGAAGGAAUUCAGGUUGGUCAGAAACAAUAUAAACUAAAAGCUUUUGCAGAUGACCUGGUUUUGACCUUGCAGAAGCCAGAGCCCAGUACGAAAAGAGUAUUACAAUUGAUUAAUGAUUUUGGUCGGGUGGCGGGAUUUAAAUUAAAUAAACAGAAAACUAAGGUUUUGGGGAAAAAUUUGACUGAUACAGAGUCAGAACGGUUUCAGAAUGAGACGGAACUUAAUGUGGUUAAAAAAGUAAAAUACCUAGGGGUAAACAUAACAGCAAAAAAUCUAAGUCUAUUUAAGGAUAACUAUGAAAAAUGUUGGACAGAAAUUAAGAGAGACUUAGACAGUUGGUCAAAAUUGAAACUUUCUUUGUUAGGCCGAAUUGCUGCUAUUAAGAUGAAUGUAUUGCCAAGGAUGUUGUUUUUAUUUCAAACACUUCAGGUUUUGGACAAAACGGAGUGCUUUCAGAAGUGGCAGAGAGAUAUUUCGAAGUUUGUCUGGCAGGGCAAAAGCCCAGAAUCAAGUUUAAGAUAUUAACUGAUGUAAAACAAAGAGGGGCUUUGCCCUGCCGGACUUAAAGUUGUAUUAUGAAGCCGCAGCGUUCUGCUGGCUAAAAGACUGGCUACUUCUUGAAGACACUGAUGUGUUGGACUUGGAAGGGUUUAAUAAUGUUUUUGGAUGGCAUGCAUAUUUAUGGUAUGACAAAGUUAAAGCAAAUAAGGCCUUCAAGAACCAUAUUGUCAGAAAAUCAUUGUAUAAUGUCUGGACAAAAUAUAAAGACUUGCUGGAAAAUAAAACACCAAGGUGGCUUUCACCUUUGGAAGCUAAGGCCGAAAAGACCCAAUAUGGAGGCUAAAUGGCCAAAAUAUUGGGAAAUACUAGAAAAGAUGGAGACAAUUGGAAAUUGCAGAGUUUGGAGAAAAUGAAAGACAAAGUGCGAGAUUGGUUACAUUACGCUCAGAUUAAAGAAGUUUUUAAAAAUGAUAAGAAACUAGGGUUCCAGGUGGAGAAAUCGAAAUUAGAAACAGAAUUGUUAGAACCAAAGACUAAGGUACUUUCAAGGAUGUAUAACUUGCUGUUGGAAUGGAAUACACAAGAUGAAAUGGUUAAAUCGGCUAUGAUAAGGUGGGCACAGGACAUUGGGUAUAAUAUUAUGUUUGAGGACUGGGAAAAGUUGUGGAGUAAUGGAUUGAAAUUUACUGCAUGUAACGCUCUGAAAGAAAAUGUAAUGAAAAUGAUUUAUAGAUGGUAUAUGACCCCAGUUAAACUUGCAAAAAUUUACCACCUGUCUGAUAAUAAGUGUUGGAAAUGUAAAGAGUGUGAGGGAACGUUCUUCCACCUCUGGUGGACCUGCCCUAAAGUGAAGGCGUUCUGGGAAAUGAUUUAUAAUGAAUUGAAAAAGGUAUUUAAAUAUACCUUUACCAAGAAACCAGAGGCUUUCCUUCUGGGUAUUGUCAGCCAAGGGGUGGCAAAGAAGGACCAGACAUUUUUAUGUAUGCAACAACAGCAGCAAGGAUACUUCUUGCAAAACAUUGGAAAACUCAAGAUUUACCCACACUGGAAGAAUGGCAGAUGCAACUGAUAGACUACAUGGAACUGGCUGAAAUGACCGGCAGAAUCCGUGACCUGGGAGAAGAGAGAAUCGAGGAGGAUUGGAAGAAAUUUAAGAACUAUCUACAAAAAUAUUGUGAUUUGAGUGAAUGCUAAAUAAGAUGCUAGACUAAAUAACUGAGCACCACUUAACUUAGAAGUUUUUAAGAAAAUAAGUAAGACUGUGAAAGUUUAACUCUUUAUGAGAACUAUAAGAUUAUGAAACAUUGAAGAGAUAUAAGAAUUUAAAUAAGAUGAUAAAUUGCUGACAAAAUGUUAUAACGAUGAAAGUGGGAGCGGGGGAUGUGAGGAAGUCCAAAGAAAAUGUGAAACUAUGUUAAGACAAAUGUUAUAUUGUUUAUUAUGUUUAUUUUUAUUGUAAAACCCAAUAAAUUGCUUU